AGUUCCGGUGGUGUAGCAGCCGAGCGUAGCACACAUACUCGGGAUCUCCGUGUUGAUGAGCGCAAAUACGAAUAGCGGGUCGAGUCCGCCUGUCAUGACUGUCGAGUGACCGGAGCAGCGGUCAGUGUGACGCCGGCAGAGCACCGUGCUGCAGCCCGAGUGACAGCGUUUGGGCACCGCUGGAGCUUUUUGUUUUCGUGGGGAUUUUCAAAUGCAGAAGAGGCGUCUGGAGCUUCUGGAGGAGAGUACAAAUAUUUAGCCGGUUCCUUAUCACCCACGACGGUAAGUAGUGUGUUGAGAAGAAUUUUGCAAUGCCAGGCAUGAUAGUUUUUUGUGACAAAUAAUAAUUUAUCGGGAAAGAAGUGGUUUUACUCAACGGCAGGCUGCUUGUUACUGUAUGCAUUCAGGCAUCGUCGUUAUCCCUAACGUCCGUCAGAUAAAGUCAACUUGUUUCAAGUUUACAGCAAGUGUCUUUAAGAAAAUUUCCGACAGCAAGGCGAUCGAGUAGGAAAGGCAUGUUUUAUUUAACUUUAAGUCCAGUUAUUCUAUUGUAGUAGCUUGCUAUUGUACGCGCAAAUAUAUAUAGAGGACAGUGCUUAGAGUUGAAAACACUUUCUUAGUGAUAACAGAGAGAGCACCCCAACUUAAGGGGGGCUUAGCUACCCAGAAAGAUGACCCUGCUUUUGCAACGUCUAUACAUGGAGAGGACAGAUGGAUAGAUCAAUUGUCAAUCAAAUGUCCUUGUUCUAGUUAACUAGUGGUGAAAAAUUAAAAAAAAAUAAAUCAUCAUCAUCAUCAUCAUCAUCAUCAUCAUCAUCAUCAUAACCAUCAUCAUCAGUCAGCACAUUGAAAAGCGUUUAGGCCACUGUCUUUGGCUCCCUUUGAGUAGUUCAGGGCAGUAUGAGAAAGAUAAAAGGUGUACAUUUUUUUGUUCAACACUCCCCACAAUAAAUUUUUACCACGUAUUUCCAUUUUCAUUGAAAGAAGAGUCAAUCAAUCAAUCAAUCAAUCAGCAAGGCAGACUAAUAAGGUGUGCUUAUAAAGCAAACAUUUUUUACUUAAGUCACUGGGCUUUACAUGUCAAGCAAGUCUUGACAAUGCUUUUGUAGUUAUGCAUAUUAACUUGUACCUGAUCUAAGAUGCAACCGAACAGGUUAUCAGAUGCAGAGAAAAGACUCAUGAGUACCUGCUUUUUUCUGAGGUCAUGCAGGUCACUUUUAUUUGCUGCUUUCCAGUACACUGAGUUUGUUGACGUCGCUGUUAACUGUUGCCCGGUAGUUUUAUUUUUUUCUCCAUUUACUUACCUUGAAGGCAGCAGCAUAGUCUCCCUUCAUGAAGACACUAAACCUUGCCAUGAAAAGAGACCACUGUAAAUAUACCAUCUAGUGUACGGGAGCCAUUGUCCCUCAUCAGGCUUCAGUACGGAGAAAAAACCAAUACUACACAAUUUCAUCCCAUUAAGAAGACACAUACAAGGGUAGAUGUGUGUGUUUGUGUGUGUGUUUGUGUGUGUUAGUGGGCGACAGGCUGUGAAUGCGUUUGAGAGAGUACCCUGCCACUGAUUUGGAUGCGCCUCUAAUUCCUAUCAAGAUGAGAGCUGUCUGAACAGAUUUCUCUCAUCAUUAUUUGCUCUGAGAUUUACUUGCGCUUGUAAAUGGUGUUGAUUGAGGGUAAUUUGGCUUUUUAAUUGCUGAACAGCUGCCACACUCACUGCUGAUUGCCAUUGUAGACUUUCUCAGUAGAUCACUCAUAGGCCCCUAAAUGCCUCAUUAAAACCUUAUGCAGAAUCGCAUGGAACGUGAAGAGAAGGAGCCCUCAUAAUGUUUCACUGAUUUGUGUUUUAUCAUCGGAAAGGUCGUCUUAAUUAUCGUCAAUGUCAGCAAAUGCAAUGCUAAAACCAAGUGCAGUGAUGACUUUUUGAAAGUUGAAUAAGAGCUAUUUGUAGAUACACUGCAUGUAUUUCAGUCCUUUGAUGAAGAUGAACUCCAUAUGCCAGAGUAACAGAUCAGAAAGAGUCAGGAGACUUAUUUACAUGACUUUUAUCCUCUCUCUGCAGGAAGACAAUGUAACACACAUACUUUGCCUCCAGGUUGGUCAUUGCACAUCUGGACUCUCAUCUAAACAAAGCAGCUCUGGUAGAAAUAUUCUUCAAAAUGUCUUCGGCAGUACAACACAACCACUUAUCCAUGACAUUGGCUUAGUUAUUUUUUGACAUGUUGUCUUUUAUACCGGCUAAGAGACAUUUACAUUGAAUCUAAAGCUUGUUUUUUUUCUGGACAAGUCAGACAAUUACACCAUGAAUUAAUUAACAAAUAAGUGUUAACAGGUGAACCAAAAAAAGAAAAUGUUGAAGUCAAGCCACAAAAUGAAAAGAACAAUAUGAUUCAAGUCAACCAAGAGUGCAAACUUUUAGAAAGACAUGCAAGUACACAAUGCACAUCUGGACUUAUGUGUUUGAGUAAAAGUGAAAAAAAAAAAAAAAAAAAAAAAAAAAUAUAUAUAUAUAUAUAUAUAUAUAUAUAUAUAUGUAUAUAUAUAUAUAUAUAUAUAUAAGCUACAGAAUACUCUACGGUCCAGUGUAGAGCAUAUAGUUUAUUUAGCAGAGCAGACUUGGUAGAAAUACAAUAUAACAUUCAUACAGACAUUGAAACCAGGAUAUGAUCAGCUAAAUGCAACAAAUCAGUUUGCUUUUGUGACUAAGAAUGAGGCUUUUAUAUCUACAUUGCAACAGGUCCCUUCCCUGGAAGUUGCUAUCUUGUCAAAUUUUCACAGUAGUUUAGAAUGAAAAACUAGUAACAAACGUAUUUUCUGCAAAAUACAUGGGUAAGAAGACAAAGAAAAAGAAGAGGAAGAAAGCGGUUGUUGCCGUGCGCAGAAGUAUUUGAAGUCUUUUUGAUGGUAUAACAUCUUGACAAAUGAAGGUUCACAGUUAUUAUACAUAAGAGCAUCUAUCUUUACAUGGCUAAAUAUUUACAUCUCUACACACUCAGAUUUGCAUGUUUCAAAACUGCCUAGAAUGCUCAGAGUUGUGCUCAACAAACUUCAUUUAUGACAUUUAACUGUCUAAAAAUUGACAUUAUCAGUCUAAUUAAACAGCAAAGCAUUAAGACCAGCUUGGUAAAACACAAUUUUUUUAUGGGAAACCAAAUGCAUAAAGAUUGCAUUUUAGUUAUUUGUUAUUCAAAGACAUCAAAGUGAAAGCAGAAGCAUUUGCUGAUAUCAUGUGGUAAUAAAUACUAGUACACCCAACGUUACAGAAUUUUUAUCAGGCCAAACUGCCUUGCAUGCAUCUUGUUAUCCACCACAAAUGACCAACUUAGUUAACAACAAAAAAAUGCAAAAAAGUAUCAUAUCCAGCCAUCCAUAUCUAUCCAAGAAGUGGUAUGGUAGGGAUGUGUAUCUACCAAUAGGGUGUUUUGUACAUCCUGCAAUACAUGUUACACAGGCAUGUCAAAGAAGAAACAUGCAUAGGAGUGUAUUUAGGAACUGUCACCCCCAUGUCACCCCAAUAGGCAAACAUGCACUGUCCAAUGUUUGCCUAUUAGUUGGUUUUUCUGCGAUCUUUUGACACCAGAGACACUAAGCUCUGUCAGUUUCUUGACCACAGUGGAUUUUUUUUUUUCUGGAGAUCAGAAGACAAAAUUGCUUGCCCACAAAAACUGCUCAGCUAACUGAGUUCCUCUGAAGCCGUUUUGUGAGAGUGAUCAUUUAUUGCCUGGGCAUUGAUUUUUAAUUUUUUUUUUGGUCUGUCCAAAAAUCAAAAUAGACAAGGUUUAUCUGUUUGAAUGGUGCAUGCUCAAGGGGGAGAGCAGGGGAAUGCUCCUUUAAGGUCACCUUUUUUCUGUUUUUUAACUGUGAAAAAUGUAGGAAGUAGAUUCUUUAAUUUGUCAGCAAUACAAAAAUUGCAAAGAAAAAUUGAGUAGUGCAGUAAGUUCUAAAGGACAGUGGUUAUAAGCAGUAUUUGCAUUUGUUUAUUAUACACACACACACACACACACACACACACACACACACACACACACACACACACAAACACACACACAUAUAUAUAUAUAUUGAGAGAGAGAGCAAGAGAGAGGAGAGAGAGAGAGUUAUACGGUAUAACUUCUAAUAUCCAUAAUGUACAAAGUUAAAUAUUGUGGCCAUGGUUUGGCGUUGCUGAGUUUAUCUGCAUCUAAAUUAACCAUUCGUCAAAUCAAAGGCCUCUCUUUGCAUCAGGAUACAUAAAGGAUAAAAAUGUAUGAUUCACGUCAUUCAGAAGUGUUUUCUUUACUGCUGCAUUAUAAAAACCUUUCUCUUUAUCUUGCAGAUAUGUUCUUGUAAACAGACUAUAGACCCACUUUUUUCUACUGCAGCUUUAUGUUUUAAACAAACUUCCUAACCCAUUCUUUUCAGUUGUGUGGAUUGAUAUAUGGAUGUUCUCCACAGUGUCACUAACACAGGGUAGCAUGGGAGUAACUUCUGAAAAGAGGGGGAAGAGGUCUCAUUUAUAAGCCCUCUAAUCUGUUUAUAAUAAUCGGGUAAAUAUCAAUAUUCUGUUGGCAAACAAGUAAUUGUAUUACCUCCAAGUUAUAUCAGUAAUCAGCUGUUUGGACAUUGUGAUUAGUUAGUUAACCUGAUAAUGGAGGUCAUUACCAGAGCCGUAAAAGUUAUAUCAGACAAUUAAAGUCAGGUCUUUCAUAAAUUGUUUGGAUGUUUUUACAUAUAUUUUACACCACAGCAUAGGCCUGUACAAUCAGACUGUGAAGGUAAAAAAAAAAAACAGAAAUUAGACCUCUAAGUUCUCUGAGUGCUCCUAGUCAUUGUGAUUUUAGUCCUGUCCCCAGGAAAGUACACAUAAUUUGAAAUCAAACGUAUCAAAUCCUUUUAUCUAGUCAAAAUCCUCUUUGAUUCUGUUAGGAAAUGGUUGCUUUGAUUUGAAAGAGAAAGAUGUAAAAGAUAAGAUGGGGAUGAUCACUUUUAAAGGACUGUCAUUUAGAUUGAACUCUGCAGCGACACUGUCAGCAAGAGUUCAGCGCAAAGCCUCUGUUGUGAAACUGAUGUAAAGCCUGUGACUUACACAAACUCAGGGUGUUGUUGUACUCUCCUGGUUAUGUUUUAAUGAGUAACAAUUGUUUGCCAAUUUGCAUGUAAAACAAUAUAAUUAUAAGCAAGCAUCAAAAAGCUGUUAUACUUCUAAAAAAUGUAAAUUACUCUCCAUUAUAAAGCGCAACAAAACUUAAGCCAUGCCUUCCAGCUAGAGCCUCUAGGUUUUGGAUUCUUGCUUCCAUUAUUAAUGCUAUUCACAAGCCAAACUUUUUAGGUUGGUGCAGUUGGGCUCUUUAAUCUAUUUUUGCUGUAAAUUAAUGAAUUUUUAAAGAGGACUAGUCCUUGCUGAAUAGGGCUGGAUGUGGGGAUGUAGUUGGAGUCGUCAAGAUGCAGAGCUGUAGCCCCCUUUGCUGUGCAAAGCUUGAGUUCACAAACAGCAUCCCAUCCGUCUCCUGGGACCGCUCGUUGGGGGAGUAUGCCGAAAUGCUGCACUCCUAUGUUUUAUUUAUGACAAAAUAUGCCUUUUUAACUCCGGUGUUGUCAGAAUCUGGAAUUGUGAUAGCUUUUUCCUCGUCGGCAGUGCUAAGUCUUCUGGGCCGCUAACUCCCUCUACCUCGGCAGAUGUUUUCAGGUGUUGUGUUCUGUGUGGGCUAUAGUGAGUUAAAUAUUUUAUCCUAAGCCUUCAGGGAUUCAGAGGAACCUUCUGAUUUCCUCGCCUUCUUUCAAUCAGAUUUCCUUUCAGACCUCAGAAAACUGUGUGAACUAGUGUGUACGGUUUCAUUAAAGAUGCCACUUGAUUGACUUGCUUGACAUGGGGCAUUCGACAGUUUUCAGGGACUGCUGUCAUGGAUAAACCAUCUUCUUCUUUCAGUGGAGCUCUUUCUGCUGUUAUUUUUACUUUUCAAUCAUUAGUUUCCCUGACCACUAGCUUUGAGGACUAAGAACACAAAAUGUAUCUCAGUUUGAAACAUGGAUGCCUCUCCAGGUCUCCUUUGAGAAUAAGUAGACAGUAUCAAACGAUAAUUGCUUAACCCAGCUCCAUUGAGAGACGAGCAGGCAGCCACCAUAAGGGCAGCUGAUUUGCCUUGAUAUCUUAUAAUUGAACCUUUUCAAGGAGAUGUUUUCUGGUGCUGAAGCAGAAAGUAAUUAAGACAUUCAAUACUGCUUUUUGGACCUUUUCCUCCUUGCUUUGAAUGGCCCACACUCCUAGACAUGACAGCACUCAGUGUGCUUACAGACUUUCUUUUGACACAUUAGCCUUACCCUUGCCAAGGCAGUUCUUCCCAGAAUCCCCCUCUGCUCUGCACGCUCCGGGUGGCUAUUUUGUCAUUACUUCAUUUUCCUCAGAAAAUAUUUUGAUGCCUCUUUCUUUUGGCUCCCUCCCCUCCUUCUCUCACCCAUCCCCCGUCACUCCAUUGAAAGUUCUCUAUUAAAAUGCAGAACUGUAAAGCCUCUCUCAGUCUAAAAGCCUGCUAGCAGCAGGGGACUGUUAGCUGUUAGUGAUGCAUACAGCUGAGUGAGUGCAUCACAGCUACAAAGUCUAAUGGGUGAAUACAUUCAAUCACACACAGACCCUCGACUCUUUUAAAGGGACAAUGUUCCCAGUCAUGAAUGCUCCCACCACAGUGCAGAGAGAUGUAUUUAAAUUCAUGGAGGAGAAAACUUUCUUGUUCAUAAACAUCCAAAUCCUUGCUCUCCUUUUUUAUAUUAAUGCUUGUAAACUUUUUUAAAUGACAACUUUGAAUUUUUUUUUAAGUGAACUGUUUACAUGCUUUUUUGACAGGCUAAAGAUGAAAAUCUGGGAUAGCCUACCACAUUUUUUUUUACUGACAGAUUACUGAUACCUUCCAGUGUUAGCCAACUGUUUAUCCCUUUGAAAAUGUAUGUACCUGAGAUCAUUCACAUGACAAGUGUCUCAUCAAGUGCUGUUUUUUUCUCUGUGAUCAGCUGCCAGAAUAUCCCCUCUCAGCCGUCUGUAUUUUCGACAUAACUGCAGCUCUUUGAAAACUGCAUGGUUAGUUGAGGUUUUGAUGUUUGGAAAACACAGAUUCAAAGUGCACUGAUUUAGAUUUUUGACCAAAAUGUGACCAGAUUGUGUCAAUUAAGUUACUGCAUGAGGGCCUAGCUAUUAGAUUUUAUUUAAUUUUUAAAUGUAAAGAGAAGAAAUAAUGAAUGAAUGAAUGGUUUUAUUUUUGGUCACAAUAACAACAAAUGAGAAACAAACAGAAUUAUAAACUUGACCAAAAAAAGGAUUAGGCGGAAGCACAAUGCUUAUAGUUGCGUAUCCUUUACAAUCCUUAUAACAUCAUUUUAAUAUUUAAAACAGUUGAUAAUGUUGAAAUAAGAAAAAAAAAGAAAGACACUUUAAUAUUAAAAAGAAAACAUUAAAAUAAUAUGUUGCACUACGAAAGGAAAAAAAAAAUCAUAAAGAAUGAAAGAAAAUGUCUUACUCAAAGCUGUAUGUACUCCUGAAUUAUUUUGCUUUUUAAUGCUUUUUUAAAUAUAACCUGAGAGUUACACAAUUUUAACCCAUCGUUAAGGUUAUUCCAUUGCUUAACUCCCCAAACUGAAACACAUCUAACUUUCACAUUUGUUCUUGCAUUUUUAUCUGUUUUAAAAAUAUAAACCCCUCUUAAAUUGUACCGCAAUUUGUAUAAUCAAUGCAAUGGCAUGACUGUGAAGUGGUUUUGCAUCAGUUUGGCAGACAAAGCUUACACACAACUUGAUCUCUAUUUUCUAGAUCAACAUACAGCCAAAAUACCCUGUGUUACAUAGCGCCAUCUGUUAUCUGUGCUUGUUUAUAUCCAGGUAGUGGGGCUGCAUGAUUUUGGCCAAAAAUAAAAUCCUUUUUUUUCUCUGAAAACUCGAUUUUGAUUUUGAUUUUUUUUCAGUAACAACUUCACAAAACUUUGUUUUAAUAAAAGGUUUUUCUAUCAUCGCUCAAAACGAAACCACUGAAAACGAUGCAGAGUAUAUGCCAAGCCAGUAAGUGGUGCUGUAGCACUGCAGAGGAGAUGCACAAAAGACAGAAGAAGAGUACAGAGCAUGCAUAUAAAGGUUGUUUUGGCCGGACAGGUGCAGGUGCCAUGAAAGAGUUACGCUGUGUGUGACAUAAUCGUUUCGAGACAUGCAGAUAGACAUCCACACGGAGAUGAAAUGGUAGUCAUUUACUGAUUUAUGCACUGUCUGACCCAUUUUCAAAAAGUACCGUUUACAGUCACCCAAAGCGCUGUUUCCAUGUGGAUGAAACACCGAUAUGACAAAAAACUUUUGCGUUUACUCCUAAAUUCAUUUCCGUGUGGAUGGGUUGAUACCGCCUUCAGACAGACUUUGCAGCAGGGAGUGGUUUUCUCUUAAUCCGAAACUGCGAAGCUGUAACAAUUCCACACGACUGACUUCCUCUUGCCCUAUUUAGCCACAAAAAAUUCUUGCCUUCUUGCGCAAACGCCAGGUUUGUUUACAUUAGUGUGUGUUGGAACUGGGGAGUGCUCCUGCAGGAAGGGGGAGCCUAAGGUGGCCUGGAGGCACGAGACAAGAUAGAGAGGAAAAUCGAUUUGAGGAUUUCAAUUUUUUUAACACCGCCAUAAUCAAAUAAUCUGAUUACAAUUUAAUCGGUUAAUCAUGCAGCCCUACCAGGUAGUAGUUAAUAUAACAGUGUGGCAGUGUAGGUUUACAGCUUAGACAGAAAUUUAGAUUAUAGAACAUCAGGCCUACAGUGAAAAAAGAAACACUCUGUGUUACUGCUGAGUAAUUCUGGAGCUUACUAGUGAGAGUGAUGACCUUUAACCAUCUUGUUGUGGAGGGGGUCACAGGAUUCUAGCACAGAUAUUUUGGGGGUUGCAGGCUGAAGUGAUUAUGAACCUUGCCGAGUAUAAUAUUAUAAUGAGACGUGGAGUAUGUUGUACUGUUGAGGAUUUUUACAGUGUAAGUAUUUGUCCCUGAAAUGACAAAAAAAUACCCUAAAACUUCCCCAGUUUGAAGCUCUCAGUUCAGAGAGUUUACCACUAAACCGCUAAUAUUAAAAGCAGUGAAUAAAUUACUAUAGAAACUAAUAGCUGUAAGUAAAACACAGACAUAUACUAAGCUAUCUUUCCUGCGGUGAUCAUUUUUCUCCCAUGAUACCUUGCAAUCCUCACAAGCUGAUGUAAAACACAGCAGGUAUCAGCAACUAAAGGCUCAGAGCUGAGGUUGGCCCGGUCACUGUGGGACCGGUUGACUGAGUCGACUGGGUAAUUGGUUGUGUCUACCCGCCAAGCAGGGCCCCCUCUCCCCAGAAGCCAAGUCAUGCCCCUCCUUUUUUCUCUCUCCUCUCUCCUCUAUUACUCAUCAUCCCGAUGCCUCACCAGGCUAGCGGUGCGAAAGCUGCACCGUGCCGCCGUGCAGCCGGCCCACGCUCCCAAACUCCUCAACAACAACAUCCACAGCAGCGCAGCAGGUCAGGGCUUGUGGCGGGCUGAUUUGCAGCUUGAGCCUCCUUUUAAUGAGGGGAAAAUAAGUACUUGUUGUUCUAUGUCUUGUGUGUCACCACCCCCAUUCCCUCCUACCCACCACCACUACAACUUGCAGUGCUACCUUCCCUUCAGCGAGAAAAAAAGGUGCACUAAUUAAGAUGGCUUCCUGGGAUUUGGGAGAGAGGGGGAGCUAUGGCUUCUCCCACAGUGGCAGAGCCUUGAGGAAGAUAUGGGGGUGGUGUUGUGCAAGAGGCCUCAUUGGGCAUAUCUCCUCUGUAGCUUCCACUUUCCCUAACCGAGUCCCACCGCCUGCCUUGUUUGGCUUGAUGAGUCUGCAGCUAAACAUUUGUUUUUUUUCUUAUCUACUUGUAAUUAAGCAAGAUUUUUGCAGGAGCUAAGCUCUUCCCUUCUUCUUCAUCCUGGCUCUCCAGGGGAUUGGUGGAAAGAGAGACAGAACAGUUUGUGUUCUUCCUGGUGGGAAGACUUAUUGAAGCUCUCCCACCUUGAUUAUAUACAGUGAGCAUGAAUGGAAGAGCGUGGGCCAAUAGGCUCUUUGUUGUUCAAGGAUAUACCAAGGUUACUGCAUGGGGUGCUGGAGAAAGUUUUCAGUGUAGAAUUCUAUAUCUUUACGACUCUAAAUCUAUCCUGCCAUUGUUAUCUAAUCACUGGCAUACGCUUGCUCUGAAACCACCUUUUGGUACCUCUCAUAGCUUUACCCACAUUUCACAAAAUGUGCACAUUUCUUUCCGAGGAGCACCGAGCUCUGAACAAGGCAAUCUUUCUAUGUUGAAUUAGUUUAGUCUGAAUGCAACAUCUUCUCUCCAGUGAUGAGUAACAGUUACAUGACAUUCUCAGUCUUGUUGUGACAAAUCUACGAACGUUGUGUGACUGACAGAAGUACAGAACAAUUGGUGAGUAAGUUCCCUCUCACAUACCCAAUCAUUGUCUUUUUUUUCCUGAAUAGUUGUAAGGAUUUUUUCUAAAGCCCCCACUCAGAGAAAAAGUUCCUACUCUUCUUUCCCAGGACAUGUUUUUAAGUUCAGCACAGCUCUAAAAAUAGCCUCCAAAUUAAAACAUCGAGGCUUCUUGAGUUUUUUUCAUUGUUUGUGUCUGUCGUCUGUGCAGGAUCUAAGAGGCUUGGGGGGGUUAGAGGAGGUGGGCAAGGACUUGACAGGAGAGUGAGGAACGUUGAGAAUCAGAGAAUGGGAACACGGUGAGGGGAAGGGGGAGGAGGGGGGCUUUAUACAGAGAGGGAAAGGGGACGAGCCUUUCGGCUCCUCUAGAGGGUUGGAAUUCCUCCCGAGCUGUUCCCCCCAUUUGGCAGGCACUUGUGAAAACAAUUCCCCAGCUUUUAGUCACUCUGCAGAUCCAAUUGCCAUUUCCACUUUGGAGGGAAUGAGAGUGAGAGGCAAUCCAGAUAGACAGAACACAGAGAGAGAAAGAGAGAGGAGUUUUAAUCGGGUUGGACAGAUGCCGAGGCCAGUUGAGCGGUUGUGCGAUAUUAAUAUCUUAUGAAGGCUGUCUGGCAGUGCAAGCUCACCGUCUUGUGUGGUUUUGUGUCUGUGCUUUGCAGCAGUGGCCAUCGCAGUGGCUAAAUGAAGAACUUGUGAACAUGCAAGAGAGAAGGAGUCUACCUUUCACUUCGGUGACUUUCCCAGAUGCUUUGGCCCAAAGAAAGAUGGAAAGGAAAGGAAAAGAAAGAGUAAGACACUUCACUUAUAACCUGUCCCCCAUGAUGCUUUGCUUUAGCACAGAGUUAUCACAGAGUUUGACUGAAGUUUUAUCAUAACCAUCACUCACAUUCCAGAUCAUUUUUAUGCACAGUGUUCAAGUCUUGGUGAUGAACAUACUAGAAUCUGAGUUUUCCACUAUACACACUUACACUGCAUUUGCAAAAUCAUGUGCAAGUUAACAUCUGUGUGACUGCCAAGUGUGCUUUCUGCUCCAGCUAAAGAGAUGAAUAAACGUAGUAAACAAACCUCCUGCUCUUUUAGACAUGAGCCAAGGCUGCCACGCAGAAUCCAUUCAGUGAGCCAACGGAAGACCCUCCAUAGCCUCCCAGCCAUCACCUUUGACCCCUCAACAUACAAGCACCAUGACCUCUGAGCUGGAGAGCAGCUUGACCUCCAUGGAUUGGCUCCCCCAGCUCAGCAUGAGGGCAGCCAUCCAGAAAGCAGAACCUGGGCACCACCACAACCAUCCCCUUGGACACCACCAUCAUCACGGUCACCAUCAUGGGCAUGGACCAGGCAAAAAGAUCACCCAUCUGGACCCGGGAACAACACUUGAUCAGGAGGAGGCUGCGCAGCACAGAGACGGGAAACCUCCCUACAGCUACGCCAGCCUCAUCACUUUCGCAAUCAAUGGCUCACCACGGAAACGGAUGACCCUCAGUGAGAUCUACCAGUGGAUCUGCGACAACUUUCCCUACUACAGAGAGGCAGGCAGCGGCUGGAAGGUGAGACAAGCUGAGACAUGUAAGCAGUAGUGGACAGUGAGCAAGUCAAUUUAUUUGACGACUGUACUUUAGUACAUUUUUGAGUAUUAAGUGCUUUACCUGAAAAACUUUUUACAUUUAAUCCAUAACAAUUUAGAGACUAAUAUUGCACUUUUGACUCCACUACAUUUUGAUAAUGUUCCUGUCACUCACUACUACUGCCAUGACACCAGCUGAUGAAUUGACUUUUCUUUUCUGAAAGAAUAUUAACAAAGUUUGUGUGGUUCUAUGUGUUGUUUGUGUUGUUUGUUAAUAUAGGGUUGUUACAUGUACAUUGUUGAACAUGGAGCAAAUCCUCAGUGUUCUCAGUGUAAUUAGUGUCAUAUAAUCUAGCUCACCUUUAACUGUUAAAUGUCUCAUUUAGAAAGAGUGUUUUGGAUGAAACAUGAAAAAAAGGCUACAACAGCAGUUUGCAGUUACUCACUUGAUCUGACACCUACCCCUGCCAGUGGUUUCAGACUCUAAAAUGAGCUUGAUAUAUAAGAAAUCCCCCUUCUUGCUGAUGGCCUUGUUUUGUACAGAAUGUCUGUACUCUGACUCAGGUAAUAAAACUGUGUGCUUUGUCCUCCACUGCACAUGUGUGAUAUGGAGUCUUGCUUUAAAAACUGUGACCAUUGUAUUCAGAUGGUAAACUUUAGUUUUUGAAAAAUUCUCAGAAAAAAAUAAAUCAAUUUUCAAAUGUUUCCUACACAACAGAAUCUGAAGGUUACCAGGCUUUGUUUUUUAGGCUCUUGAACAGACAUUAGCCACUUGAAAUUUUAUCAGCUGUAGAUAUUAACAAUUUCCAAAUAUACAAAUCAACAAUUUAUGAUCUGAGGUUUAGAGGUCCUAAUGGUCCGCCAGGUUCUGAAAGUAAACCUGUGAAACUAGGACCAAAGUACCCCUUGACUGAUACAGUUAGAGUGCUAUUUCAAAAGGGGGUGGUUGUUUAUAUAUCUAUCAUGCAAAUGUUUAAAGCAAAACUGUUAAGACUGAAAUCAUCAGAUUUGUUAAUUUUUAAAUGCAGUGGAACUUUAACUGUAUGGCUUGGGCUCAAAAUAGAAAAAAAAAUCCUGCCUUGACGAGCACAGAAACAUUUUAUUGAACCAGGGAUGAUUGACAGAUGCAUUUGGUUUCAUUCAGAUGACAUUAUUAAAUCCUUAUGUAAAUGUAGCUAUGCAAAUCCCAGCUAAUAUGAGCAGAAAGGUUGCUGUGUUAUUGGAGACAAAUGAAUAGAUCCCUGCGGUUGUGUCUUGGGGAUUCUCUACCUUAUUAGUGUAGAAGAGGAUGGAUAUAGUCCUUCUCUGACACAUCGAAAAAGGCUGUCUGCAAACUAUCAACCAAUUCAUCUCUCUGAGAGCAGAAACAUUUUUCUUCUUCUCUCAUUAUUUCUCUUUUUUUCUCUUUCUAUCUUCAUCUCCUAAGCACAUGCACUUCACCAGCCUCCCCCCCUCCUCCUCCCUCCGUCUCUCUCUCAGUCACCCACUCCUCUUCUUCCUCUUCCUCUUUUCCCUUUUACGAACCUGUUUGUUCCACGUCUAUAAUCUUCAGCACGCUGUUGCCUGAGCAGAAAUGCAUGCCAGAAACGGAGACAAAAAGGUUAUGAUACAAGCCAGGUUGUGUUGGCAGAGCUUCUUACCUGCAUGAAGGAUCCAAUCUAUUCGUUCUCUGCGCGGUGAGAGAGGAUCGGGGUUAUUAACACCAUUCAGGUUUCUCCCACUGCAGCUCACGCCUGCCUUCUCCUGCUAGGUGUAUUUGGAUGCCAGGAUGUUUUAGUAUCCCAUAAUUACACAUCUAGAUUCAUUGAUUUGUGUGUGCGGCUGCAUUCUAGUGGCAUCAUUAAAGCGCAGCACUGUCAGCAUUGAGGCUAUACUUUCACAUUUUCUGGCAUUUAUCCCUGAUAUCAGUGCAGAGAGUUUGUUGUGGGAUUCCUGCUAAGGUUAAGGCCUUAAACACAAUGCACAGUAUUUUCUUAUUGUCAGUGUGGGACUAAAUGUGAGUCUCAAAGGAAAGCGGUAAAAAAAUACCACUUGCCCCUUCUGUUUUAGUCUGUAUAGAGAUUGUUAACAGUAAAGAGUUAUAGUGUUACACUCUCAGUAGUGUCUGUGGAGGAAACUAACAUGGGCAUAAUCUGACAUUUUAUCCACAUGCGGAGUAACAAAUGUAACAGUCCGCAGCAGUUUCAUGUAAACCGUAAGUCCAAUUUUUGUCUUUGCGAAAAGAAGCCCAAUUUUAGCUUCCCGGAUGACCCGACUCAACACAGUGGGGCUUGUUUUAUACCAGCCAUGGCCGUCACAAGGAAAAGUUACAUAAGUCCGGUUCAUUCCAGUUCAGGUGAUUGCUGUCAGCUGUACACAGCAGGGUGCAGACACAGAGAUUGUCUGGCUGCCACAUUCGGCAGACAACAUCGGUUCACACACACACACCUGCAAGUACACAAUUUAAAAUGUGUGUUCCAUGAAUGCACCAACCCAAGGCGAAUACUCAACUGAAGCUUUCAGAAAAACGCCUCAAACAUGGUCCACCAUGUCUGCCGUCUCCUCCACCCUCUGCCACACACGCCUUCACACAGACACACACAUACACACAAGCUUGUGUAUCCACUGAGAGACUCCCACUCAGGUAGGCAAUGUACGUGUGCAGUCUACAGAUUAUGCACAGGGAGCUCAGCAGGAGAGGAGAUGAGGGGGGGAGUCGGAGAAGAGAGAGGAGACUGUCAGAGAGCAGAGGAGAGUUUUACUACCCAGCACACGCACUCCGUCUGCUCUGUAUGAUAAUGUGAGAGUGCAGGAACGGCAGAGUUGAAACCAGGACAACACAAUCAUGCACACACACACACACGCGCACACACACACGCACGCUCAAAUACAUUACCCUCCAUCCUAAGAAAUCAAAUGAAUAUGUACAUUAGAGGAACACGACAAACAUACGUCAGCUGCACACACACAGAUAGACUUGCACACUUGCACACACACUUUGGCGGGUGUUAAACGGCCAAUCUAGUUAGCUGUUCAAAUCACACUGCUUUCCAAGGUCGUGAGAUUUUUGUGUCUUUUUGCUGGAAACAAAUAAAAGGAGCUCUUUUCAUCUAAGAAGUAAUGAUGAGAACCUUCCUCUGGAGCUGUGGAGGAGGGUUAGGAUCUGCAACAAAAAAUCAUGAAAAGAAAUUGCAAGCAUAUGCAUAAGCCAUUUGUUUAUGGAGCUUGUUGACGCUCAGAAAUUUAUCUUGUGUAACAUGCAUGCAUAGCAUUUCUGUUUUUAAAACAAAGGCAUUAACUGGAGUGGAGAUGCACUGAACUUGAGUGGUAAGCAAACAGUGCAUUCAGCCACAUCACUCAGGCAUUAUUUGGGAGUGGAAAGGUGUUUUCUCCCUCCUGUUACCUUUACAAACUUUCCCUUCUAUCUGUCUGUCCUUUUUACUGUGCUCCACUCCACUUUCCCAGGCCUCUUGAAGCUCUUUCACAUUAGUACCUCCAUCCACUCCACCUUUCAUAUUGAGUAUGCAGUGGGCAGGGGCGUGUCCAGAAGGGUGGGCAGCAGUGGCAAGCCCCCACCUCAUGAAAUCUGAUUGGCUAUCCCAGUUGACACACAAAAGUACAAACUUAUGAUCAGUUAUUUGCCCUGUCUGCGGCAGAACAUGAGCUGCUGUAUUGAUCCAACUGUAAGACAAGGAUUUUUUUUUCUCCAAAAACACCAGAGAAAAGUUGGAUCAUUGUCAGGUUUUAGUUGUUAAAUGUCACUGCAGUUACAACAGACAGCACCACUUUUCCGUAAAGCUGACCUGCUUAUGACGCAACAAUGCCAGGAGGAACACUGUGGACAAUGCUACCAGAAGUGCUUAUUUACACACAAUAACAUUUCAGUCCAAUGCUUAUGUGACGAAAAGUCUUCAAAAAGUAUCUUUGUUAAAAUUAGCUCUAAAAAGGUAGAGUCCUGCCAAAAUCAAGGUCAUCCUAUUUUGAAGGUGUUUGGACUGUGCUGCAUUAGUUUUCUUUGCAUUGAAAUAAAGUGUAUUGAAACGUAGGUGACACUGUCUUUCAGUUAAGAUCGUGAGCUUGACAGAUGUGUCGGUGCAGUCUCAGCAGUUCUGCAGACAUUGUGCUGGACCUUUGAGGGGGCUGGGCAAAGUGUCUGAUUUACCAGGGGUCCUGAGUCCCAACCCUUGACUAUGAUUAUGAGCUUUGGUUAGUAACAGGAAGAAUGGGAUCUCAGAUGCAAGCAGCCUAAACAUGUACCUGCAGGGUGUUUGGGCUGAGCCUUAGAUAAAGGGCCCAGACCUCAGACAUCUGGGGUGGGGGAGAGGGGUUACUUACUCCUUCACUCCAAAAAGGAACCAGUUGAAAAGGUGUGGACAUCUUUUAAGGAUGCCUCCUGGGCACCUCCCUUCAAGUUUUUUCAAGCAUUUCUAGCUGGGGGGAGACCCCGGGGUAAAUGUAGAAGUUGCUGGAGGGAUUCUAUACAGUACCCCAUCUGGACUUGGAAAGCCUCAGAAUCCCCCAGGAGGAGCUGGGAAGGUGUUGCUGUGGAGAGAGAUAUUUGGGGCAACCUGCUUGGCCUGCUGCCAUAGUGACUCAGCUCUGGAUUAUCAGACGGAGAUGGAUGGAUGGAUGGAUGGAUGGAUGGAUGGAUGGAUGAAUUGUCAAAUAUUUGUUCACUGACAAUGCUUUUGUUUAGAGACAGUGCCAAUCAAUAUUUUGCGGCUGUCAGAUGGAGUAGAGGAGUUUGCUUGUUUUUCUGUAAAUAGUUUUUUAAUGUGACAUUUAGUAGACAUGGUUUUGGGUACAAAAGAAAUUAAGCUAAGAAGAUUUAAAGGCUACAUUUCAGUUGGGUUACUUUAUCAUUUAAAAAAUUAUACACAGCAUCAUAACAUCUGUAUUAUACUAAUGCCACUCCUGUAUAAAUCAGAGCUCCAGAUGGUCACUUAAGUCAUAAAAGCUUGGACACGCUCCUGUAAGUAUUGGACUAGAACCAGUUUAAGGUCUCAUGUUUUGCUUCUUACUUAUUAAGAGGGAGACCCAUAAGUUUUUGAUGAUAGAAAAAAAAUGCAUUUUUAUACUAAGACCUAUGGAAUUCUUCCUCUUUAAAAAGUGCCUUUCUAAAUAAGUUAUUUAUAAAGAGUUUUAUGUUUUUCCUAUAAUACACUUUCUUUUUCCUUUUAUACUCUUUUUGUUACAGUGUAGUCUGAUCUGGUCUAGUCCAUCUGUUAAUCCAAAAGCAAAAAACUAAACUAAGCAUUAUUGGGUAUUCAAAUUAUUUGCCGUGGAUUCAGUAAAAUUUUUGCAUGGUUUAAACAUAACACAUGAUUUAUCAAACAACAAUUAUAGAUUAAUUAUUUAACAAGCAUUAUAAUCUGUAUUUGAAACUGCUCCCCAUUCAGGCAGAAAAUAAUGAUGGGGAAUGUUUAUUCACCUCACUGUUAUAUUGUUAUUGAAAUGUGCAGGCCUUGUCUCCCAUUAUUUCCCACCUGAGAAAUGCGGUCUAGACCUGUACCCUUACCAAAUUGCGUGUCGCAGUCUGAGCUCAUGACUAAGCUGCUCUCUUGCGACCCCAAUCGCCUCAGGCUAGCUCCCAUGCAACCAGGCUAAUUGCCUGCGAAUUAGCAAGGCCUAAUGCGACAUUGUAAAGGGCAGUGCUACCACCAUGGCCUUUGGCCUUUGGCUAGCACCACAUGUCACAGACAAUCACCUGAUAUGAAUCAGUGCUGGGCCAUUAUUCUGGCUCCAAUCCUCCCUGCUUGCUCUGUGGGAGAUCUGCGGCUGAGCACAGCGGAGGUCUGUGCACAGUGUCAGUCAAGUGUUUGUGGGUAUGUGGAGGAAGACUGUUGUCAUUGGCUGCUGGGAGAUGUUAUGUGGCUGGAGCUGCUCAUGCUCCUCUGUCUUAUUAGCACAACUUAAAUUUCACCACAGAGCAGUGCAGAGCUUGUGAUUCAACCCAGAGACAAUCUGAGGAAAAUCUGUAGAAAACACAGUGCUGCUUGUGAGUCUGUACAGUUACAUUUUGUGAUGCCUCUGUUGUGCACAAAGUGAUGAGUUGGCCUUAGAGUAUGCUUAUGUGUAUAUAUUUUCCAGGAUGUAUAGUUGUGUCAGGAAAAAGGGUUUAACUGAGCCUCCUCAUUGCCUUGGUGGUUACUUAUACGUAUAGUGGUAACAUGAUUGUUUCAGCAUUCCCAGCUUACAUGUCAUAUCAGACCAGCCUGCUGUCCAGAUGUUUGUAUAUGUGUAUUUGUGUUUUGUCAAGGUAAAAGUCUCCCUGAUGACAAGGUGCUUGAAAUUCUUGUGUACUACUAUAUACAGUAGCUCCCUUGUUAAUCAAAGUGAUCUGUGACCAUGAAAAUGUUAUUUCUUUUUUCUUUCAGAGCCUGUAACACUUUGUUUAUCAAGUUAGUCAACCUUUCAAGCAAUCUCAAAGAUGUAGGAUUAAAAGCAGACAGAGGUGCAAACAUGUGGCUCUUCCAUAACUCACUGAUGAUGGUGAGGCUUUAUGGUGUUCAUGAUAAAAGGUAACAAAAUGCAUGUCCAAUAAAUGUGGAGUCAAUUUUAAACGUUUCCUGAGAUAUUUCUGAAUACAGGACAGAAAAUAUAAAGCUUAUAAAAAUGUCUUUUGGUGUACAUCAGCUGUGGAGAUAACAUGUGCAGGAAUCAGGUUAUGCUUCCACAAUUACAUGGAAGGUAAAGACAGUAUAUAUAUAUAUAUAUAUAUAGUUGCAUAGGAUGACAUUUUUCAAUGAGGCAACCAUUGUGUUCCAUUUGUGGUAUGAACUGUUGCUAUACUUUACAGAACCUUCGAGAUUAUUAACAAAAUGUCAGUUCCCUCCUCCCAUAGAACUUGGAUGCACAUAUGCAUACCAGCGCACGCACGCGCACACACACACACACACACACACACACACACACACACACACACACACACACACACACACACACACACACGUAUGCACGUACGUACAGCUAUUAAUUAAACUCGUAUGUGUAACACUGCUAGAGCUUUUAAUUACAUACUAAUCACUAAUAGCAGUCUCAGGAUUAAAUUCGUAAUUAAAAGCGCAGAAUUUCUCUUGCUAUCUCCUCCAUGAUUUGGCACCCAUCCAGCACAGCGUCUCCCUUUCUAACCAGCCAGGCCUGUAGCACUCACAUAUGGUUAAUAAUAGGCUUAGGGCUGGUUUCCCUAACACUGUGGAAUGCAACAAUUAUACCAGAGAGUGAGCUUAUUUGCUCGACCCGUUUGUAUCCUGCAAAGAGACACAGGCCUUUCUUGUAUUAAUCCAUAAGACCAUACUGGAGAGUAUUUUUUAGAGUAAAAAAGUGAAACUGAGGCACCUGAAUACUCCAUGCUAACAGUUAUAGUUUAAGAAAUCAGUGUGCAUGUAAAACCAGUAUGCCUAAGGAGAAGUUCCUUGAGGUCCUCUAGUAGAGAUCACUGACCACUCACAACCAUGAACGUAACAUCAGUUAAAAGCUGAAUUGUACAACCAAAUAUCUGCCAAAGAAGUGUGAAAAACAGUCUGGUUACUCUGUCAAAAAGCUGAGUAAAAAUCAGCAAUAACACAUAUUUUCAGUUAUAGAGGCAAUGUGUUGAAUUCAACUUUCUCCUAACUAGUGCAAAAUCAUUACAUAUGAAACAAGCAUUCACUUCCAACUUUACAUGGCUCGUCUUUGUUUGAUGAAAAAGUUAACUUGUAGUGGAUUGCACAUAAUUUCAACAAAAAAUGUGUAAAAUUGGCGAAGGAGGGUGUCAGAUGUUAUUGGGAUGCAGGGUACAUAAGCAGACUCCUGUCUGCUUGUCCUUCUCCCCCACUCACUUGCAUCUUCUCCUGAAAAGUCACUGACAGAAGUCGUCACUUUGUUACAGUGCUCUGCUUGACAUCCAGCAUCAGGAAAUGGGCUGUCAUUACCUCUUACUGCUCUGACACUUACUUUGUACCUAUUUUUUUUUGCAUGAUAUGAAAAUAUCUGCCGUAAAUAUUGUUUGUUUAAGUCAGUGAAAUUGUCCAGUGUGGCAGAUUAUAGCAGACCAAAAAGUUAUCUAUGCUGUCUUGUUUUACAAAAUCAGACUGCAUUGACUUGUAUCCGAGAAGUUACCCUAAAUGACAUGUUGGAGGUGAGCUGGUUUACAAAAAGAGUAUUUCAACUCAGUCCUGUCAGCUUUUCAUUCUGUGGCCUGCUUUUACAGGGCUGUCAUGCAAUAAACAUUUUAAAAUGUGAUUAAUCCCAUAAUUGUUCAUAGUUAACUCAGAUUUGUUGCACAUUAAAAACAUUGUCAUAAAUGUAGCUUAAAAGGAUGCAUUUCAAGUUUUAAUACCCUUACCAUUGCAGUGGAAAAAUACACUUGUUUUAUGCUUUUGUAUCAUUUUAUUAUUAACAUUAAGAAUUACAACAAUUCAAUACAGACAUUUAUUGUCUAGAAAAUUCUACAUCAUAACCUCAAAGAUAAUGUGAGGCGGCAGUAGCUCAGGAGGUAGAGCGGUCGGCCAAUAACUGGAAGGUUGGCGGUUUGAGCCCCGUCCUAUCCCUAGUCUAUAUGUUGUGUCCUUGGGCAAGGCACUUAACCCACCUUGCUCCCAGUGUGUCCUCCACUGGUGUAUGAUUGUGAGUGUUGUGUGGUGGUGGUCGGAGAGGCUGUAGGCGCAAACUGGCAGCCACGUUUCCGUCAGUCUGCCCCAGGGCAGCUGUGACUACUAAGGUAGUUUACCACCACCAAGGUGUGACUGUGUGAGUGAAUGAAUGAUGUAUCCAAUGUGAAGUGCUUUGAGGUCACUGACAAAAAGCGCUACAAAAAUCUGAUGAAUUAUUUUUAUUAAUGUAUUAUUUGAUAAUGUGCUAACGUAUAACAUGGCAAACCCAAGCCCAAUGAGCCACAUUCAUAUUGGAGGUUAUAUAACUUUAACUAGUGGUACCAAUACAAUGUUCAUCCCUACAGGUUGACGACACUCCCUGUUUCAGCAGGUCAACACAAAGCAACAGACUUCAUGCAUCAUAGAAAUACACACAUUGUACAACAAGUACAGUACAAUGUCUAGUUAGUUAAAUUGUCCAUUAUUAUUUUUAGAUCAUUUUCUGGAUCCAAGUAAACUCAAAAUGUACUUGAGUUUUGCACACAUGGCUGUGCUGUAAAGAUCGCAGCAGAGAUGCCUUGACAACUGUGGCGAGGACAGGGGGCGCUCUCUGUAUCAGCUUUUGCCUGACCAGUAGUAUUUGAGAUGGGCUCCAGUGGUACCUCCACUCGCAUCAACAGUAAAUGCAAAUAUGGGGAAAACCAUCUGGCCGGGCUUAGAAGCUGAGCCUGCCAGUCUUAAGACUCAGUUCUUUAUCUGUUUUUGCUCAAGGAAUUUUGUUUUUGCUUCAUAUCUCCCAGCUGCUGAAUUGCUUGUGGCUUUCUAGCUGUUAGCAGAGGCCCCAGGAUAGCAGGAUAGCAUCAGAGAGUUACAGGCAAAAGGGUGGGGAUUCUUACACCCCAGUCUAUUCAUGGGGUUUUAACAUAAACAACAUAAAGCUUGGUCUCACAGUGGAAUUUGCUUUAAGGAAAUUCAAAUUCAAGUCAUUGAUACACUUCACUAUAAAAACCUGCAUCUGGUUGGUUUGAACAAAAGCGUUAAUGAGAAACAGCCACUGGAAACAAUCCCUUCAAGAUACAAGAUACAACUUGAUCAUUUGAAUACAGAGAGACCUUUUUUUUUUCCCUCUCUGCCCACCAGGACUAGCAUGUUGAUUUAAAUGUGGUAUGACUUGUGGGAGGGGGUUACACCAUUGGUCUGAUGUGGCCAGCUCCUCAGUCAGACAAGAGCACAACAAUGCAGCUCCAAACAGGUACCCCCUGCAGUGAGGAGGCAGUGGAAGUGCUUCUACUCAUGGCUGACACUGUUAAAAAAAAACAGAAAACAGGAGCCUACAUAAACCAAACACCAGACAUAUUUAUCUGCAUCAAGCUCAAGUUAGUAGACAUAACUCAGCAGUGAUUUAGCAAAUUUUGGGCACAUUUAGCUUUAACAGGCCUACAGGAUAUACACUAAAUAAAAGUGUGCUGUCAUUGUUUUGGAGCUUCUUGCUUGAUCCCUAGAGAAAGCAGCAACCCUGCUUCUAACUUGCCUGAGAUAUCUUUGUGCAAGACACACACACACACACACACACACACACACACACACACACACACACACACACACACACACACACACACACACACACACACGCUUACUUAUGCCCUCUCAAUCCUCUUUCCAUCACAUAAACACACAUUUGCAAGCAGGUACCGCCAUACUCCUGCUCUAAAACAGGCAUGCUUUUCCAUGCACAGACAAUCACAGGAAUGAACAGGUGUGUGCAUAACUUCUUACUGUGCACAGCUGCAUACACACCUGCCUACAUACACACUCAUGUGCAGGUGCAUCCAAAAGCAAACUGAGGAAUCUCUUAAAUACACAGUUACACACAUGUCUAGUCACAAACACAAGUGUAUACAUACACAAACACACACACACACACACCCCUCAUCUUAUCGUUGACUUGUGUGAACACUUCAGUGCGGGAGUGAAGAGGGCGGGGAAAGGGUCCAUCAAAUGAAAUGAAUAUGUAUUAGACGUGGUUUGAAGCACUGGCUUGUAUUCAGCCCUGCGUUCUCACUGAGUGUCUGUCACUCCGUCACCAUCAGGAUAUAAUAAGGCAUCUCAAUGAUGCUCAGAACCCAGGAGACUUUCACAUCUAAGACACCUGUCCAUAUGUGUGCAUACCCCCACACUCCCUCUCCCAGACGACUACAGUUCUUCCUUACUUUGUGCCGUCUUACCCUCUCUCUCCUCCCUACUCCUCCCCAGACUUACCUUCAAACUUUCCCACAUUUUACCCUCUCUUUAUGCACUGUAUGGGUUCAGCUGAAAGUUAAUAAAAUCUCUCCUCUGCACACAUCCUCUCUUGCUAUAUCUUUCCUCCUUCACUUUCCGUUUCUCUCUGUCUCCAUCUUUUGUUCUGUGCGCACAAGGACUCUCUCUCUCUCUGAUGCUGCAUUACAUUCAUCCUGAAGGGCAUGGGACAGACUCUCCUGAAUGUUGCUGUGUGGGUGUGCAUUUGUGGCUGCACGCUAAACUCCAAAAGCCCUCCAUAGACGAAUACCUUGGCCUGCAAACCUCUUGCCCUUUGACCUCUGUCUCCCAGCAGACUCACAGUUGAGCAGGGGUUUCAGCAGGAUUUACACAAGACCAGACAAGGGUCCCUUUAUUACCUGCAAAGUAGAGACUCAUGGCCAUUUUAUUACAGCUUCCCAAGGCAUGUUUGUGAAAUCAUUUACUAACAAGAGCUCCAGCUUUCUGAGGCCCAGCCUUCCUAAAACCACAGUGGUAUAACAUGUCAUUAAUGCAGAAUGUAAACUAAUGGGUAAAAUUGUUUCUUAAGGUUGUAAGCACUCCUGUUUGAUCAUUUUAUGUAUUAGCUUUAUGCAAAAUCCCAGAUACAUAAGUUAUAAUAAGCUAUGAGAUGACUACAGGUGGGUACCAUUUCAAUUGAAUCAACUUUGUCUCUGGUUCUUGUUUCAGUCCUGCCUUUUGAUUCUAGUUCUUACUGAUUACUCUUUCAGAUUCCAUUAUUUUUGGACUCUUAAAAAAAACAUUUAAAGAAAAGAUAUAAUCCCACCUCUUUUGUUGAGACAUUUAGAUUCUUCACAAUGAACUGUGUCAAAGGGUUUUCUUUUUUCCCUUAUUUAGAGACUGAAGGUUUUGAUUUGUUGAAAAGAUAUAUCAACAAUGACAGUUACAAACUAAAGUUAUUCAGAUGAAAUAUUUGUAGACCUUUUUCGUCAAGCACUAUGAAAUUGUGAACAUAAGCUCGACUGUAUUUUGUCCCUGAGUGUUAACUUACUGAACAUUACUGCUUCUCAUAGCAAUAGCUUUAGCACAUUAAUUCAGUGAAUUAGUUUCUUUUUACAAAAUAUCACAAAUGUAACGCGGUGUUGGCAUAACAACUUCACUGUUUAUUUGUGACAGGUUUAUAUUGCUGUUAGACAGGACAAUAUAUUAUUUUUCCAGCCCUAGUCUUUGACUUUUUUUAUGUUGUGGUGAAGUUUCUUUGAGCUGUUGAGAAAGACAGAGCCUGAGCUAGGUGAACAGCUGGAAGGGUUCAAAUGUUAUACUGAUGAGAAAAAAGAAAAGUUCAGUUUACAGAAGUUUAGUGCAAGUAAGACUACUCUUACUCAGCAGAUCCACUCUAUGUAAUAGCCUCAAAGCCUAUUCCCCUUUGAAUUCAAACCUAAAACUUUUUCCCUUAGAGAAGUCAAUUGCAUAACUCAUAAUUUUUUUUUUAUGCUAUGUUUAAUUUGUAUCGCAGAAGUCUCAUUUUAGGUUUAGCUUCCCCUUAAAUGCAUUGUUUCACAGAAAUAACGGGGCUGUAGGUUUUGUUCCCCAUUGUUUUUACUUUAAAUUCCCUCAAAAAGGAAUUUCCUUGCAGCCAACAUGAACACCAGAAACAAUCGCUGUAAUCACUUACAUGUGGGUACUUGAGUUUUGCGGUGAAGCCCCUGAAAACUUCGCUUCACAUUCGACCUAUUUCUGUAUAACAUCAUAAACCCAUGACUUAAUUAAGAGCAUCAAAGUAAAAAAGAGACAUCCUUUGGUAUUAUUUAUGAAGAGGAGAGCACUUCAAAGUCCAGUCUAGUUUAUCAGUCCGCUUGAUCAGGACUGUGAGGGUGAGGAUUUUUACAAGUUGUGCAAACAACCUCUGUACCAUCAUCACAUUUUUGUCUUCAAUGUGGCCAAGUCCUGGUGGGUGCAUGCAGUGUGACGUUACCUUUGUCCAAGUUUACUCUCUCGUAUUUAUAGCAGUCAGGAGAGCACAGGGGAAAGGAAGGGAUUGAUAAAACCUCUCUUGAAAAAUACCCAAACUGUGCUUAUUCAGGUCCUUAUUAUCACUCAAGAAAUUAAAGUGUCAUCAAAAUAACAUUUCCAAGCCCUUACGCUUCUGUUUUUCAUGGAAAGGUUUUAAAGCUUGGAGUUGUUGUAUACGGUGUUUUGAUGUUUUAAUUCUUAGAAAAUGCGAUUUUUUGACACCCCGGCAAUCGAACAGAGGGACUUUCUUAUCAGAAUCAGCUGUAUUGGCCAAGUAUGUGCACACAUACAAGAAAUUUGACUGGUGAACUUUGCUGUCUAUAUACAAACUUUAAACAUAAAAUGUUACCAAAAAUUUUAAGUAUGUACAACAGGAACUAGACAUUAACUUAGAUAUACAAAACAGUAGUGGAAUAGUGCACUACUUGCUGUAUGGUCCCACACAACUUUACAACCAACCAUUUCAGUGUCAUCAGCAUUGUUCUGUGAAAAUGGGACUUGUGUUAUCACUUGGCUAAUCAAACAGUGUGAUGUUAAACACAUUUUGGAGGAGAUGACAUCCAACAUUGGCCCUUUGUGUUUAACUCAGCUGCCAUGACCCAAAUCCUUACAGUCUUCUUUGUGACCUGUUUCCUUGGCAAACAAGAACACACACAUACACAAGGCAAGCUUCCUGCCUAUGGCCAGAAUAUCUCUUUGGCUCCUUCAUCGUGCAUCCCUUUUCAUCUUUGCACACCUUUUUUUAACUUCUUCAGCCUUUCCUGUCAAUCUAUAAACUUGUCAUUCUGUCUUUGAUCCGUUUUCCGGCUGAUCCGCACAUACAUUAACACACUCAAACAGCAGGGGUCUUCGCUCCUUUCCUCUGUCAUUCCUCUCCACCCUGAAAGCAUGUUUCCAAAACCUGACUUUUUGUCACACAUCACAUUAUAUCGCAUUGAAUUUUGUCAAGAAGUCAUCCAUGCUUAUCAAGCUGGUCUUAUAUAACUAACCUCUUCAAGAGCAGGAUGCUGCAGUCUGUGUUAAGAAGCAGCAGCUCCUGAUCCCACAUACACAAGCAAACACUAUCUAACACAUGCUGCACAUCUAUGCGUAAGGCUUUUUAGUGAUAUGACAUAAGAAUAGAUGUUAGACCUUUUUGAAAUUGCUCUGCAUUUUACACCUAAAAGUGACCCUUAAAAUCAGGAGGCAUUAUGGGAACUGAAUUGAUGCAGGUGCAUCGAACACUCAAAAUGAUACAAACAUCGUAUUCCUGCAGAUUUUCUCUCACUCUCUCUAAGUGUAUCUGUGGAGGUAAUGUGGCACCAAACCAUUUCAGGCUUUCUGUCACUAUACAAUGUAAGGACUAACAAGGUCCCACUCAUAUUGCUUUUUUUCCUUUACUUUGUCUGGAUUGUUGAGAGAGUGUUAACACUAACUAACUGAGACAUUUUCCUGCAGCAGAAACAGCAAGUGUUUAUGUUGUGUAUUUAUUUAUGCAAUCUACUCAUGCUAAAGUUAGAGAGCCUGUACCUGCAGUCUUCUUCAGUGUCCGUCCUACACUUCACACAAACAAAAACGGACACACUCACACAUGACUUCCUGUGACUGUGUCAUCCAUCAGCUACUGGGCAGGAAUGGCAUGGCCCCAGCGCGGCCCAGUAAGCUCAUUAAUCAGGCAGGGUGAAGAGUGGGUGGAGGGAGGACACGGCAGUGGCUCUCAUUAUCUGACUUCACAGCUUACGCCGCUAAUCAGUACAUUUAUUGAUGAUGACUUUUCCCAUUCAGGGAGAAGAGAUUUCUGUUUCCUUAUUAUGAAAAAAGAAAACUGGCAUUUGUAAAUUUGUAACCACAUAGAGGAAGAGAUGUUCUCUUUUCGUAUUGCACAUUUUUACACAGGAAGAAACUCGUGCACACAUACAGCUCUUCUCAAACAUGUACGUCCUUGCAGGUAUCUGAGUGAUGAAAUUGCUGUUGAUUUCUUUUUCUGAGUUCUUUAUGUCCAGAUUCUGCCAUUGACAAGAAAAAAAAAGCUUUUUUAUGUGUCAUUGACCUUUUGGGGGGGGAUGUGUGGGUGGAAAAGAGAAAGACUGAAAGAUAGAGUCUCUUUGUGUGCGUCUGUGGACUCAUGGUGUAUGGACUGAAAGUUACUGAGGCUUCUGUAGGUAUAUAAAAAAAUUGUCACAGUGAUCAAAGUAGAAAUAAUCAUACUUUGAAUUAAAUUUAGUGGAGUUAAACAGAUAAAGUCCAUCUUUAAUUAUAAAUAUGAAGCACAAAAAUCACCGGUCUGAUCAUGUCAACAGUAAAAGUUUAGAAACCUCCUGAAAGUAGACUGUGGUGGAGCUCUUAUAUUGGGUUGCAUUAGAUUGCCCAGGUGUUCAUAAUGUUAUGACUAGUUGGUGUACAUAGGAUAGCUAAGUGUUCAUAUUUUUAAGUUUCAUCAUAUUCUAGUUUAGAAAGCCUUGAAAUCAACAUGUAUGGGUAUAACACUGGCAAUAAUUGAUGCAGUAACAUGCAAAGGUAUCAGAGAUAAUGGUUGGGAUGAAAACAUUGCACUGUGGCAUUGGUUGUUAAUUUCACUGGAAGAUGAGCAGGAUUGAUGGGUGUAUUGGCACAGACAACAUUUGCUGUUAAAAAAAACAACCCUGCUGCAGUGAUGAUGAACAGACUACUGCUUUAGACACAGCUCUGACCACAGGUGCUCUUUGUAAGCUUAGCUAUGUGGUUUACCAGCUGAAAUCAUGAUAGUAAACAUAUCAAUAAAGCUAAAAUGUGUUAAUAUUUGGGGCCAUUUUUACUUUGAUUGGUAGUGUAACUAAGAAUGUGCAGGAAGAGGGCUGGGGGAGGGCAGCAGAGGGUUGAAGCUGGGAGUAGGACUGUGUGACAAGCCUGUGGCCCUUUCAGCUGCAAGCUAUAACUGUUCAUCCACACCAUUGCCUCAAAAUGUUGCAAUGUAAAAUGAGUGUACAGAGUGAUUUUAAAGAGUGGGUAGUAGCAGAAAACAGCCUAUAGUCUUUAAACAUGUGAAUCAGACCUUGAGCGUGUUAAAACUACUGUGUUAUUAGGACAUGCAGUUGAUUUGCAUACAGCUGUUUAGCCAAAAUGACUUGUCUUUGCAGCAAAUCAACCUCUGUUUUUAUAAUUCUUUACCAGUAAUAGAACUGAAACUUUGGCAAUUCCAUAUUUUUCUUUUGAUUGAGCUCUAUGUUGAAUGAUCUAUAUCCAUACACUUAUUGUUUUGGUAUAAAGCUAUUUUUUCUACAUUAAAAACCAAAAUCUGUACACAGGGCCUGGAUUUUUUACCAGGAGAAUGUUCCAGUUCCCCUUUGUAAUAUAUUUUAAGACCUGGUCGAAAUACUAAAUACCAACUAAGUAUUUGGUGUAUGCAGGAAAAGCAUUCUGUAUUAAAGGCACAAGCACGCAGCAUGCUCACUGCUAUGACAGCCCUGCUCCCACCUGUAGUUAUCUGACAUCUCUAUAUCUAUAUUGCAAGUGCAGCUCUAUAUCAGAACUUUCAACUAGAGCAUCAAAUCUGCUUUCCUCUUUUUUCUCAACUACCUGAAAUGCAUCAGAAAUAGCUCAUCAGAUCUCCUUGGUUUAACCUGCUUGUUGAUUUUAAAAAAAUGGUUUUUAAAAGUUGUUCACUUCAUCUGUUGAGAAAAAAAAAAAGUACAUUGUUUUCCAUUUUACAAGUCUGCCCCAAUGUAUUGAAACAAACUUUGAAUUCAUUCAUUAUCAUUGAACCACAUGCAGAUUUAUUACUUUUCAGUGCUUCUCCUAUAAAGAAUAUACAUAUAAUGAAUAAAAUGUUUUCACGACACUGACUCAAGAAAAGAAAAAAAAAAAAAGAUUAUUAAUGCCUGUGUGAACGAGAUUGAACAAGCAUACAUAGUGAAGUAAAUUUGGCAGAGAUGCGCAGUUGUGUAAAAAAAUGCAUGCUAAUGAUCAUGCUGUUUAAAAUAGAAUCAGUAGGUUAUGAGUAACAAAGUUAGAAGCACUCAGGAUGGCUGCUGAAGAGACAGAAGGACUUGGUGUGAAUGAUCCAGCUUUUCUUCCCUCAGGAAAGUUUUUCGAACAGAUGGUUGCCUUUAUGUGCUGAACUUGUGGCAGCCCUCCUUAACAUUUUCACCACCCCACCGCCAUGCGUUUCAUUGAUGGACGGUCACAAACAGCCAGUGACCCGCCAAGUAGAGCAGCUGAAAAUUGUUGGAGCUUUUCUCCAGCACGAUGAGCAGGGCGAGGCAGAGGUGGAGCGGGCUGAUACGGCAUGCUGGAGACAGAGAGAGAAGGUGUUUUUUUUUUUUGUGCAGGGGAAACAAAGCCAGUGAGAGCUCAGGAGAAAGAAAGAGCAGAGAAAUACCUCCCAUCCCUCUGUCUUCUCCCCUCCUCCUCCCCAGUGGUAUUAAUUAGCAGCAGCAGAUGAGUGGAGAGCGGGAGCCUGAAGGGAGAACAGGUUCAUGUCAGGUUAGCCUAUGCUGUUGUGGGCCUUCUCUCUCUCUUUCUCUCUCUCUCUUUCUCUCUCUCUAUCUCUCUCUCUCCAUAUUUCUUUUCCUUUUCCUUUCCUCUCAUAAACACAUACACACAAACAACAGGAGAGGCUGCAAAUUUUGGAAAUGUCAGGUUCCCCUGAUUAUCGCUCGAACUAUGAUUUUUUUUAUCUGCCUCUAAAAUGGCUGAUAAUCGCAUUUAACCUCCAUUGCAUCCCAGAAUGGGACACCCCACAACCUUUGACACUCACUACCCUCUGACAGCUCUGACUAAUUGUUAUCACUGCCUUCCUCUGUCUUUCCCUCUGUCCACAAUGAACACAUUUCAGACAUCUUUUUUAACCGACAGUCUCUCUCAGGUGCAUCUGAUGGAGUGAAUACACUCCAGCUCAAAUAAAUACAAUUGUCUACAUCUUCAGCAUGACUGCUUUUACUUUUAUUGUUUAGUAACUGUGACCUGAAGCAUCUUUUUGACUCUACAACAGUGAACAGGCGAAACUAGACAGUUAAACCAAAAAUAGUGCUGAGUGAGAUGUUUUUAAUAGAGUGGUGCUAAGGUAAUUUUGAAGUCGUCUUAAUAGAAAUUGAAAUAUUUUCACUGACCAAAUAGUCUUGAUUUAAUAAAUCACCAAACAUUAAUUGUCAGAAGUUUUUGUAUCUAAUACGAACAUGCUUUAAUACAUUGUGAAUCUAUGUGAUGGUAUUCUGCUAAAAUAUUUUAUUUAUUUAUUUAUUUUUUAAAUUCAUUGAGUCUUUAUCAGUUUGACAGAAAAUAUAUGACAGUUGUUUGUGAUCAGGUAAUUUAGCCUCUCCCCCUUGGAUACAUUUUUCAGCAGGCGUCUAUUCAUAUAAAACAAAAAUCACUUCCUAGUUUGGUGUCUACAUGUAUUUACAGAUGUGGACACCAUUCAUGUACAUGUGAGUGGUCAGAAAAGGCUAGAAAAGCUCUACUUGAUUACAAGUCUGUUUUAUUAUUUAUGUGAAGUGGAAAUGAGGCAGGUUAGCGUCCACAGAUCUGUACUCAUUAUGCAUUGUGGUCCUGCAGUUGCAGGCAAGUGUAUCCUGACACAACCCACUCACAGCUUUAUCCAUAGACUAUAUAGAGUGGACAGAGUCUGCUUCCUCGCUGGGUGAAGCCACUCCGAGAACAGCACCCUCUGUUGAUGGGCUGCAGUAUAGGUCAUAAAUCCCGCCUCCGCCAGCAAAGCUUAUGGGGCUGUGGACCAACUUUAGAAAUUUAUUACACAAAACAUAAUUUUUUCUCCCCCCUGCUUGUAAUGUUGACAUGUAGUUAUUGUAACACUGGUUUAUGCUUAAGUCCUCUUUUUUCUGUGAAGCGCUGUUUUUAAAGUUAUUAGUGGGUUCAUGUUUUCUAUGAUUGACACCUGAUACAGCCUAUGGGCGUUCAGGGAUUGAGUAGCUCUACCGGGGGAUACACUGUUUGAGCCGAGCGUCAUCACAGUGACCCUCGGCGACUGCGCGGCUGAAUGCGCGCAUCGCUACUGCGCAGCGCUGGUUUCAGGAAAUGAAAAAAUCCCGGAAAUACCGAGAGCUAUUUGGCUUCAAAUCCGUAUACAGGCGGAAGCCAGAACCAAGUUUUUCAUAGUAUAUACAGUCUAUGGCUUUAUCUCAAUUUCCUGGAUCAAAAUACCUCCCAACCACACCAAGUUAUAAGAUGCUAGUCUGCACUUCUUUAUAUCCAGGUAGAAAACUGUUGUCGCAUUAUAGCAGGAACCAUUAAAAAAAGCUGCAGUCCUGGGUACUGCCGGCAGGUGGUUAUGUUGGAUUUAAGCGACAGACAUAGUUUAUGACCAUUAUUUUGCAAUAGAAUUUAAAUUACAUAUAAUUUGGUUAACUGAUAAGUAGAUCUAUUGCUGACGAGUGACCUUGGUCAGCCUGUCGUUUGCAUCACUAGAUAAAAGUGUCAUGUAAAAGGAGCUAUUAGAUCGAAGCUAUUUGUUAAAAAUUGAAGUGAUUUUUAGAUUCUGAAAUUGUUUGGUAGAGAAAGACUUUUGUAUUACAUUAAUAAAAGAAAUAAUAGAUUAAUACUUUUGAAGAUAUGCCAGCCUCGAUGUAUCUCAGAUGGUUUUGGUCCUCAGUUUUUGAGCCUGUGAUGAAAAGGACACAACAAAACUACAUUAAAAAGUCAUCUGGGAUCAGAAGUAGUCAGUAGAAUAAUAAAGUGACUGUAAAUGUAAUUAACAUCUUUGAAAAAGUGGAUUUAUUCUUGAGUUAACCUUUAAUCAUUUUAUGUCCUGUUUAUCCCUCCUCUCCUCUUUCUUUCUCUGCGUCUGUCUGUCUCUCUCCCUGCAGAAUUCUAUACGACACAACUUGUCCUUGAACAAGUGUUUUCUCAAAGUGCCUCGCUCCAAAGACGACCCUGGAAAAGUAAGUAUUUCCUGAACAAUGUAAUGCGACUGAAAAGCUGAACUUGAAUUAUGGAACGACACAUGGUGUAAAAGCAAGCCGAUUCCAGCAAGCUUACAAAUAAGGUUGAAGCGACGACGAUUACUUUUCACGUGUGUAGUCGCCCUUGUGCUGCAUUUGUGCAUGCAAGUAUGCAUAAGUGCACCCGAAAACACCCAUACUCACAUGCACUUCUGCCUUGUUGCACACACACACACGGUGUCUGCACUUAAAAGCAAUUUGUAGCUCCAUAACCAGCUGAAUGCUUAAUGCUUCUUUCUCUGUUUUCUGUGCCUCUCCCGUUAUUGAUUCUGCCAAGUAAUAAUGUGGUACAGGGAGUAAUGAAUAAUAAGUAUAUGUAGGUACACUCCUUCAGAUGCAAGGCCGUUUCACGCAUCCGUUAUGCUUUAUCAGGCCCUGUUUCACUCUCUUUUUCUCCACACACACACGCACGCACGCACACGCAAGCACACACACACACGAUUAAAAGACUUGAGAUAUGUCUCAACGCCACUUCUUCUGUGGUUAGGAAGCAGAGUUGCCACAGACACUCCAGCAACCUAAAAUACAAUUUAUAAAGCCAUUGUUUGAGCUGAAUCCAAAGCAUGUCACAGACAGAGGAAGUGUAUAACGACAGUUGAUCACUCAAGCCUAGCCAGAUAUGACUUUUUUUAAAAAGUUCACUUUUUAAGUUAUUGUAGUGUAAAUGCAAGAAGCAGUCUACCACUUUUACAAAACCUGACAUGCAAAAACUUUUCAUCAAGCUCUCAAAACUCUGCUCAUUUUGUUCAAGGGGCGGCAGAGGAGGUGUUUCUCCAGGCUGAGGGGAUUUUGGAGCCAUUGAAAAAUGAAUUAGGGGGAAGAAGGUUUAAAUAAUUCAAAACAAAUCCUUGGGCUUUAGUGGAGGCCUAUAGUCAGACACAAAGAGAGCGGCUCCCCCCUGAUUAGCUCGACUCGGACCUGACCAGCACCUUAUUUCAGACCGCGGAUCGAAGUGGUCGAUACCUCGGCGCGGCGGUUGUGAAGGUGGGAGGGGGUCAUGUGUGAGUGUGUGUGUCUGUGUUGAGAGGUUGGAUGUACAAGCUCUGUUUGAAGCCAUAGAGAGUGGGAGAAGCUAAAUCAUGCAUGUGCUAACGUUAAUUGGCUGUGUACUGUUCAGUGAUGUGGGACUGAGAGACAGGGGGAGGAGAAGAGGCAAGUUGGGGGGGUUUGAGGGGCUAGAUGGUGAGAGUGUUUGUGUAUGUGUGGGCAUGUGUAGCUCAGAUGAACCUCCCGAAUUCAGGCUGCAGCUCUGGACCUCCUUGGGAGGGAAGAAGAAAAAUGAAAAGAGGAAAGAGUCAGACCGGGAGGAAAUCAAGGACCUGAAAGCAAUACAUUUCCUGCUCUCCUGCUGUAUGUGUUUAUUUCACAGGCUGCUCUGUUUUAAGAUUUGGUAUCAGAAGGAUUGAAAUGGAUUUUCUUUUUUUUGAGAAGGGGUUAGCAGGAAUGUGAGCCACAGCAAAACUAAACAGAGAAAAACUGAUAAGACACAAAACUGAAAUAACAAUAUGUUAGUUUUGUUGGAUUUACAGCAGAGUUCAGUGCCUGAACUUCUUUUUUAGUUGUACAUCUUGCGACAAUAAUACAGUAGUACACUAGAAGUAAUCAGUGCAUGCUGACAUGCAAACAUAAAACAGGAAAUACUGUGUGUUGUAAGUGUCCACAAAAGGAAUACAUGAAGUUGUGUUUAAGAAAGGGCUGAAUUUCACUGAUUUCAGAAGAGUUGAGCUUUAUAAAAUGAUAUGGUAUCGCUGUUCAGAUCUUCCAUAAAACAACAGGCAAAAACGUGUAAAAUAUGUCACUUGGAAUAAUGACACAUUUUAAUUUGUGUUAUCAGGGGCCAAUGAAAUUGUUAUUGAAUAAGGAGACUUUAAAUAAAUAAAAAAAACUGCAUCACUCAGCGGGUCACCAUCAAGAGUAUUAACUUACUUUUUUAAACCAUGAAUUUAUAUUUUUUCAUGUAAUUUUGCUGUAUUUGAGAGCAGACCCCUGAGUUUAUUUGACAUAUUCAAAUAAAAAAAUUAUAGUCAUGAAUUCAUUCUACCUAAGCUCCACCUGGACAAUACAAGUUUUUGUAAUUAUAUAUUCAGGUCCAUGUAUAAUGUUGGUUUUUAAAAGGAUCACUCGAGGACCAUUUCCACUACUGACUCCAUUAGAGCAAGAUUUGAAAAGAAAAUUGCAGGAAAAAUUCACAAACGGUUCAGCUACCAUCAUACAGACAGCUUAAUGAAGCUUUGUUUUAUUGGGUUCUCUCUCUCACUGUCUCUAGGGUUCCUACUGGGCCAUAGACACCAAUCCUAAAGAAGACACUGUACCCAGCAGGCCAAAGAAGAGGCCACGCUCUGGAGAAAGGGUAAGUGCACUCAACAAGCCUAAGAAAACUCCCAUCAACAUUGAAGCUAGACUAUGUAAUGUAGUGGCACACCACCCAAGCAAAAAAACAUCUCCACAGACAUCUCUAAGUUCACCUUAAACUCAGAUAUCACCCUCAAUUUCUGAUCUACUAGGUCUUAAAUAAAUUAUUAUUUUUUGUUUUUUUAGGUUGAGAUCAGUGUCACCAAAAGUCUUGACAGACAUGUGUCUGCUUUUGCUUACAGUAAAGAGAUAUUCAUGAAAAAGUGUGAGCUAAAUAAAAAAAAACAGUGAAAAAAAAUGUGACUUUCCCUUUUACAAGAUCUGACAUUAUGAUGUUAGGACAGACAAAGAGCAAACCAAGUUGAUUUUUUUUUUUUUUUGGUAGGGCUAAAAAAAAGAUAGUUUACAGCCAACAAAGAGCUUUUAAAGCAUUAAAGGGAAAGUUCACAGCCAUGCUAGUGACUCUUUGUGACUGCACUAAAGCAAAACACUGUGAUACUAACAUGAGCAUGCUAACUUACAAACAGUGUUUUCAUUUCAAAAGAGUAAAGUGCUUUAAAUUACCUCAGAUAUUGCCUUUGAUUUUACUGGAGGAUUGCCCUUGACAAUGCAACAUGACAAUGCAAGAAAAUCCAGCACAUAGUCUUCACUGUAGGGCUGAUCAUAGGUUUUAGUAGAUCAAGAAAGAUGAUUAACUUAUCGACUUCUGGAUUUAGAUGCAGCAGCAGAAAACAACGGGGUUGAUUUCAAAACACAAAAGUUUUAAUGAAAAGUGGUGUGGCAAAAUUUAUUGACAACGUCUGAGGCUAUAAAUAUAAGUAACCCUGUGUCAACCCCAAGAGUGUGGCUGGUGUUCAGUCAUCAAUCAAAGCAUCUGGAUUAAAGAGCUGUGAGCUCCUUGAUGUGUUUCAAUGUCACCUCCAUCUGUGUUCAUUUAUUUUCUUUAUUACCUCAUAAAAAGUGUUGGUUUAAAAACUAAAAUUUCAGAACUACAGCCAAACCAAACUAUCAAGUUUAUGGUAUAGUACCAUCAAAAUUUCACAGAUGAAGUUCUCUUUUGAUUGUUACCUAAGCCAUGUGUAUGUGGGUCAGUAGCUGUGCUGAAACAAUAAAAAAGAUUAAUGAGGAUGCAUUUUGAACAUUUAGCUUCACACAGUCCCCAAUCCAAUAAGCUUCCUUUUUUAAAGGAUUAGGAAGCUCCAGGUAUUUGAUAUUAACACCUGCAGCUCUUACAUGCCCACAUGCCUUGCAGAUAAAAGAUUCUGAGGUGAUAUAAAUUGAAAUUUAAAAGCACGAUCACAGUAAUUCACGCAUGUGGUGAUUCCUCAUUGACAUCCUGUAUCAAUGCAAGGCUUUUAGUAGUAUGACAACAGUCAAGGUUAAGCAACCAAUUAGUGAAAUCAGUCAGUGUGAUGUGGAUGUGGCACCUGCUGGAUGAAGACAUAAUGAGUAUAGUCCUUUUCACUCUUGUGCUGUAUUUUAAGGAUGGAGAUGCUGUUCCUGUUUUUCUUACCAUACUGUAGAUGUUUGCAUCUAGCAAAGGUGUUUUUACUACAUGUAUGCCUAACUCAACUGUGCUUGUUUAAAGAAAACCUGCAGAGUCUUUAAUGCUCGUGCAGAACAACUGGUCAUCUUGCUUCCUUUCUCAUGCUGUGUCUGUCUCUCUGUCACUGUCUGUGUAUCUCGAUCAUUAUCUUUCUGCACGUCUGUUUAUCCGUUUGCCUGCCACUCUUCCCCCUGCCUCUCCCUCCCUGCCUGUAUCACUGCUUCAGCCCUCUACUCUCCAGGGAACUCAUGCAGGCAUGGAGCAGCAAAGUGCACAAUCACAGUUACUCAUUGGAGGAAGAAUCGAGGUAAAAAAAAAAAAAAAACAGAAAGGGAGAGGGGAAAUGUGGAGAUAGAGAGGGAGGUGUGGAAAAAAAAACAGAGAAAGACAUCAAGGUAGAGCGAGCAGAGAGGGAAAAGUCAAACUAAGGGGGAAGGAAAGAAAAAGUAUGAGUAGCAAGGAGACGAGGAAGAAGGAGAGAGAGUAUUCUAGGCUUGUGUUCCAGUUAAUUACCACAGAAGGCCCCGGAGCUGCCGUUAGACAUAUUUUCUUCACCAUUUUUUUAUUACAAACAUUAAUUAAUUCAGAGCCUUGUCAUCUCGUCUUACAUGGAAGGGCCCUUCGACCCCUUUUCUUACGCCUCACUUGCAUCGCUGGCAGACACACUGUGGGCUGUCACAUGGGCUAAAGAGGAACAGGGAGGUUUUAAGUGCUAAGAUUAAUAGCGUGGGUACCGCCUGGAAAAAGAAAAAAAAGAAGGUGAGCUAAAUAUGUCGUACUGUUUUCAUUUGGGUUUUGUCGCACCUCAGCUACACAGUCAAAGUCUUUAAAGUCUCCUGAUGACAGCUGCUGUGCAAAUGAAAAGAUUUCAAGUUGGCAGCAAGGCUAAACGUCGGCUGCACAAAUGCAUUGUAUAAAUGUGUGGACAGGCAGUGUACACUUAGUUCAGUACCUGCGUCUCCGCUGCCCUUAGCAUAAUCACUCUCUUUCAUUUCCUGUGUGCCUCUGUCUGCUUCUCUGUCUGUCCUUCAGCAAACAAUUAUCUCUCUCCCUAUUCUUCCUCCUUUCCUCCACAAGCCGUCCUCACUCCUCUCGUCACCUCUCUGUUGUCUACUUUUUAAGUGCCUCUACCAGGGAACCGACAACCCGUUUCACAGGGAGUUUAUCAUAAAUUAAAGAUUGCAUUGUUACCAACCAAUCCUCUUACUGUAAGCAGUUUGGGGAGGCAGGCAAGCUGUCUUGAACUCUGAAAGGAGUCAGACAUGCAAAAAAUAUUGGCCUCUUUUUUAUUUGUCACAUUGCAGGCUCCAAUUUAGCCCCUCAUCGAUUUCUGAAUAGUUCCUCAUAUCCUCACUCUCACUUAACCCAACUUUAGCUCCAUGUGAGGACAACAGAAAAUGAACUGCGGCUGCAAACCUCUUAGGAAUGAAUAAUGCAUGAGAAUAGUUUGAUUUAUCUUAUCAACUGCAAAUGAUGUGCCACCUCCUUUAGCUGUUAAGUGUCCAGCAAUUUAAAUUCAGUGUGCCUUGAUUAUUUCACAUCGUUGGAGUCUGGUGCAUCGUGGUCAUGCUCAGUAAGGAGGAAGGUGUAGUGAGGAGUCAUGAACGUACUCAGUCAAAGGCUGUUAUGACCUUUUUCCUGUUUAAUUUCAGAAUUAAUAUUUACUCUCACCCUCCUUUUCUGUGUUGGAAAUACUGCCACAUAAUCAUUCAUAGGCAAUACUCCAUUACCAAUAUUUGACAAUGUCUUUGGAUUUGACAAACAGUGGGCCAAAGAAUAAGAAAAACACACACACACACAUUCUGCUGUGAAUUAAGCCAUUAAAACUCCCAACAACCCUUUAGGCCAUAGCCCCAGGGUUUGCUGAUGAGAAACUGUGUGUAGCUGGAUAAGGUUUAAAAAGGUUGGUGUUGGUAUUUUUCAUGUUAUUGAAGUAUCAAAAACACGCCUAUUACUUUUAUUUAUUCUGUACCCUGGAAUCUCACCACUUUCCCUGGUGUGUAAUUAUAAUCAACUUAUUUUAAUCAACCAACUGUGCUUUAACCCUCACAUACUGUUCAAAUCCUGUACCCUCACAAUAUGUCAAAAUUGCCCCUUCAAAGAGUUCAAAGAGCAGCUUUCUGUCACAGAAAGUUCUCUUGACUAGUUAAGUCAUUUUGACCUCUGUCUAGGUGUGUCUGUGUGACUGUAUGUCUGUGUGCGUGCGUGUGUGUGUGUGUUUCUGUCAAGGUAAUGAUAGUUUCAUAAUGAUUUGAAUACAUCUUUUUGAACAACAAACCUUAUAUUGAACACUGUUGUUACUGUUUGUCACUUGUCCCACACUGCUAGAUCUAAAAUCCAUCUAAAUAUAGAUACGGGUCAAAUUUGACCCAUAACAGCCUUAGAGGGGAAAAAUUUGUAGCACAUAAACAAAAAUACACAUGAAUAUUUUUAAAUUAAUUUCAUGUAUUUUGGGUUAUUUCAGGAAAAGUCAUCAAGUUUCAGGCUUAAAAAAUGAUGUUUAGGGUAUUUUUACUGCUGUUAAAAGUCAAAAUGGGUCAAAUUUGACCCCGAACGGAAUGUGAGGGCUAAGACAUUUGAGUACAUACAUUCUUGUAAUUGAAGAAACCAAAUUGGCACAAGCACAAACCUGUAUAUAUCAAAAUUGGUGUAAAAUUGGUUUAUUUUUUCUCAAGGAAAGUUAAAGCAACAAAAGAAAGUCAUAAAUCAGUGUUCUCUGUCUUGCCAUGCGCAAGUUGAAUGUGUGCAUUUUAUGACUUGUUUUUAAUUGAGUUGAAGUCUAAGGUCAGCAUAUCGAAGCCAAUUUAACUAAUUGGCUUCAAUAUGCCGUUUAACUCAUUUUGAAGUCAGGCGGAUUCUAGCCUGUGCAUAGUGAUGUGGUUUACAUGGUGCCAUAAGUGACGUCACCUGAUCAACUGCUCCUAGCCAGUCAAUGAACUUCUGACAUGUGAGACAUUAACUCUUCAAACUCUUCAGCAGAAUCACAAGAUAAUGAUUGCACCUGCUUGAAACCAUGAACAGUGUCUGAUAGCAUAAAGACACCUAGUGAGCCUUUGGUUGUACAUUGUAAACAGUUCUCUCAGCUGAUGUUCCACCACAACAUCCAGACAAUCACCCUGCAUUUACCUUCUUAACCCAGUUGAUUCCUAAGUGCAAACACAAAGCAUUAAUGGCAGACACUAAACCUGUCAAAGCAGCAAAGCACAGGUGUUCCUAAUAACAGUACUGAUUGCUCUGUAGUGUUUAGGUGACCCAAUAAGGUCUGACAGUGUGACAGUGAGUCAGCAUGCACACUAAUGAGCCCCAGGAAACUGAGGCCGCUAAAUUGAAUUCAGCUUUCAUUAAUUUGAUGCUUUUCUACUUUGACAGGUACAAAGGUAUGCUAACAUUUCUAUUGAUCCUCUAGUUGUGCAGAUUAUUUUGGCAUUAUCAUUAUCUACUAGAUCAUAAAUUACUCAAUCACUUCAGCCUCAUUGUCACUCCCCCUUUUCUCUAUUUUCAGGCAUCAACUCCUUACAGCCUGGAGUCUGAGUCUCUGAGAAUGGACUGCAUCAUGUCAGGAGGGACAUCUCCUACUCUGGCCAUUAAUGCUGUAACUAACAAGGUGAGACACCGGCUGUUGUGGAGCAGAAUAGAGGUUUGAUAAAGAGACCCCAAAGCACACCAUCCCACAAGCUAGAGGUCUCUAUUGUGCUAGAUAAACCACCUUGACUAUAAGCAUGUACUCAUAGCUGACCCUGUUUGCUACUCUCAUAAUGGCACAAGUUCAAAGUGAUUCUUGACAGAUUUCAAUGUUUGCUCCUUUGCAAGGUUUACUGUGUGUUUGUCAUAAAAAGGUUAUAAGUCUGAGUUGUUUUUCAGUCCCCACAUGAAAUUCUAGGACAAGUGAGCCAUGUGUUUGACUUAAAUGGACUGACUAACAUUAAGAUUAUGUAUUAAUGAAAUGACAUGCUUCAGGAUCCUCUCAGAUUGCAUGCACAAGUUUAAAAAAAACUGAUAAAGCUCAGGAAGAUGUUUCUUAGUGACCAUUUAAGUCUUAUGAAUAUUCAUCUCUUAAUCAUGUGUGAUGAUUAUUUUUGACGGAUGAAUUAGUCAGGAGAGGGAGUCAUUCUUAGUUGCAGCUGAGAAAAAAAUGUGUUGAACUUUUAAAGACUAAAACAAAUACCAAGUGAUUAUAUGACGCUUUAGACUGAAAACUGCAGCAGACCCAGUCUCUGUUUUUCUCUUUCAACAUCAGUGGUGUGGACUUUUUUACAGAUUGUGGCUUUAACACACAACCUUACGCAAUAGCACACACACAGAGAGACACAGACACACACAUGAAUGCUGACUGGGUGUGACUGUCUGUAUGAGGGUCAGAGAUCAAGCGGUGACUGGGAGCUCUGAUGCCUGUCUGAACCAGCACACAGAACACACGCACGCACACACACAGGGUGAUGAUGUGUGGUCGUGACCUUUUGUCUGACCCCGACUAAAGAGAAAAUUCAUCCCACAGCAGCAGCUCACAUAACUUUUAAGUGUUUGGUGUGGACAUGAUGUGAAGGUCUGGACUUGACGGCUUACUUCAGUUUUCCAUCCUGCCCUUUUAUAGAUCUUAAGUCAUCCUCUGAAUUUAUCUAUAUACAAUACUUUAGCCUUGGUCUUUUUCCAGUAUUCAGCUGUUGGUUUAGCUGAAUUAUACUUACACUAUGACAUCUUUACUGUGAUUUAUUUGAUAUAUAACAGAAGCAGGAAAUUGUGAUGGAUCAAAAUAAAAUUUAGUAUCAUUACUGAAGAUAACAGCUCAGAGGUAGAGUCAGUCAUUUCUCAUUCAUUCAUAAGUUUGGUGGUUUGGUAUCUGCUCACACAUGUCAAAGUGUCGUGAACCUUAACCUGCUGUCAAAUGGCUCAGCCUGGCGUUUGUGUAUAAAUGGAUUAGUAAAAGCUAAUGAGCACUCUACACAGUUGCCUCUGCUAUUGUUUGAAGACGUGGGAAUGUUUGGGGAUUAAACCAUCCUCUGAGUGGUCUUGAGACCUAGAAUAGUGUGCUUCAUAAGUACAGUCAAUUUACCAAAUAUGUCGUCGUCAUUUUUAUACCCUCUGUAUAAAACAGGCUGUGGCAUCCAUCUUGUAGAUUCGGACCCCUAAAUAGGAUUUAAAACUGUAUGAGGCAGACCUUUUGAUAUUAGCAUAAGUGAGCAGAGGUAGCAGAUAUUUGUGUCUGUUUAGGUCUGUGUUGAGCUACUUUUUAAUUUUCUUUUCUAAAAUUGGUAGUAAAGUGGCUGUUGUGGCUUUAAUUCUGAUAUUUUCAGGUUUUACAAGGAUUCGAAGAGUCAUACGAAGGUUACACGUUGAUAUAGUAAAAAGAUUAUCUAGUUUACUGCUGGAGCUAAAAUUUAACUCCAUAUUAGCCACUGUAGCACAGUUGGUCAAUUUAUAUAUGUGAUAAAACAGUGAACAGUUUUUACUACCAUUGGGUUUCUAUUUUAGUUCUACUGAUGCUCUCCAUGACGUUACUGAGUAACUCUGUAAAAGUUAAUCAUGUUGUAUUAAUAAUAAAGAUAGAUUUAACAAUAGAUAACAGGAGGUGAACAACAUCUCUUACGAAGGAGAAUAUCUCAUCACCCAGUUAUUGUUGCAGUCUCACUGUCAGGACACUUUAAGUGUAUCUCGUCAUAGGCAUGAGCACCAGAGAACAGCCAGUUGACCUUAUUUUCAUCACUUUACACUAAUUCUGUUUUACUCCGGGAGAGUCAAAAGCUUUUCACAUUUUAGUCACUACUUUAAUUUUAGAGAAAAUGAUUCAGAGCAGAGAGAGGAAGACCUUGAUGGUAAUAAUGCUGAUGCCAACGUCAAUGAUAUCCACCCACAUCCAGACAGGUGGCGUCCUGCAGGCACAGCAGUGUGUCAGACCCUCUGCUGUAUCACAUUUGCUUUUUUCUGUGUGCAUUGGAGAGAAAGCCUGAGCUUCUGACAGAUAUCCCUUUAAUGUGAAACUAGGAAAUAAGGAUAACAAAAAUGUUAUCCCUAAGGUGGGUGGAUGAAGUCAUCUUUACAUUUUGACAUUGUGUUAGCUAGUUGCAUUCUCAAACUCUUUUUUUAGAUAUGAAAUUUGAAACGUCAUGGGCUUUAAAGAUUAUAUAAGUCUAUUUUUGUUUCUUCAUUUGCGCUUUAAGGGAUAUUUUACAAAUUCCUAAACACUGUUUUAAUAUUACAACAAGAGAAGAAAGAGAAAUGUAGGUCCCCUUAGAUGUCAAAGAGAAUGAAGAGUAACACCUAAAAUCUUUGCUCCUGAAAAUCUUUACCUCUGAAAAUAUUCCUUUUUUUUGCUACAACACGCUCUGCACAGUAGCGCACUGCUCAAGAGAGCCUUUAACUGUUGUCUCAGCCGAGGGCUAUAAUUUCACAUUUGUCUAUACAAUUAAAUGUAGCCUGAAGGCAGAGCUGGCACUGUUCUUCACAUGUACUGACAGUCAAACAAAACAAGAGGAGCAUGAUUCAACAUAAUCCUGAGGCAUUUCUCUUCAACAGCUUUGUGUUUGUCACCGCAAGACAACAUACAGCGCACUUCCUCUGAAGCAGUGAGGCUGGCAGCGAGCCAGCAGACAAUUAAGGCAUUUUUCAGGUUUCACAGGUGGUCUCGAGGUCAGGGCUUGUAACCAAAAUGAGCAUGUUAAAGGAAGAAAAAAUCAUUAGUUAAGGGUCUGUGCAACAGCACUUUACUGCAUGGACCAGCACCUUCAUUUCCUGUUUUCCUCAUGAGUUGUCUUGUAGGUUAAUGGUGCAUGGGUAACUUUUUGAGGUUGGCGAUGUUUAUUUAAGCUUCAAUAUAAAUCGGCUGAUGAACUAAGGAGCUAACCGGGAAUAGCAAAGGAGGUAUUCACUGCCUUCAAAAGAGGUUAUCCUGAUAGCUCAAGUGUUAGGCUUUGUAUGAACUCCUUUAUCAUCAAAUUAACCCCAACUCCAUCAUGUGUUAAUGUGUAUGUGUGUGUGUGCGUGUGUAUUUUUGUAGGUAGCACUUUACAACCCAGAAGCUGAAGGCAGCGAGAGCCCUGGGAGUCUGGGUGGCAGCCUGAGCAACAGUCUUUCAGAGCAGAGUUUGGCAUCUGUCAACCUUAACAACCUGAACACGGCCGUCAGCAGCGGCGGUAACGUCCACAGCUACACACCAGUAAGACUUUCUUUACUUGAGUGUCAGUCUAACGAUUGCUGCAGGAGAGUCUCUCUCUCUCUUUCUCUCUCUCUCUCUCUCUGUCUCUGUUGUCUGCUGUCUGUCUGCUCAAGGACAUCAGCCCACCUGAAGCUGCUGCAAACUUGGUUUUAUUUCAGGACAGCUUCCUCCCACUUUUCUUCUGUCUUAGUUGAAAUGGCAAAUCUUAAACUGCCUGCAUGCAAACUUCAAAUUAUGUCUCUUAUAUGUCUGUGUGCUCUUUUUACUGACAUAGUCGGGAUGAUUCAGUCACCGGUCCACACAUUCUCAGUGGGUACAGAAGGUGUGUGCUGCACCCUUAACAGACUGAGGAGGUGGUAACCAGCAUACAGCAUGUAUACUGCAUCGACAGUGUACUGUCAAGAUACUUGUUUGCUGCUCUUUUUGUUAGACUUUGCAAACAAAAAAAAAAUGUUCUGGCCGAUAUGAAUCCUUCCACAGAAGAAAAACUGAAUGAAUUCCAUCAACAAACAGGCACACUGAUGGUUUUGUCUGUAAAAACCACAAAUGUAGUGAUGCUAACUUACUAGAUCAUUUAAAAAUGUUGCUAACUAACCUAAUUGAUUGCUGUUGUUAAAUUUUGAGAUGCAUGAUCAAACAGAGUCAAAAGGACAUCUUCAGUCAGUGUUUCUCUUUUCUAGAACUUAUUUGAACUUUGCAAACAAAUCAAGUUGCAUCCAUCCGUGAAGACUUUUGAAUUAAUUACAAAGUUUUUCCAGAGUUGUGGAAAUGUGUUUAGAAGAACAGAUUGAUUGAAAACUCAAUUUCAUGCUUUUAAAUGAUUCGUUCAUAUGCUCUUAUUCGGCUCUGCAGCCAACUAUCAUUACUGUUGUCACAGUCUCACACCCCUUAGGGUUGACCAGCCCAAAUUACUUCACAAAUUAAUUCUAAACCUGUGGGAAAUACUGGUUUGAGUUGAUAGAAGAGGCUUUGUCUGUCAGUCAGAAAACAUCAGAGUCAUCCUGGCCUGGCUAUUCUCAUGUGAACAACUUAAAGGAAAAAGGGGAUCAUACAACGAGAUCAAAUGUAGAUGAAUUCUGAUGCCCAUCACUUUAACACCUGUGCUGUGCCCCUUCUGUGUCCUUUUCUACACACUCCCAUACAAAUGUAAAAUAUAAUCAAGGUUGUCCUAUGCUGUCCACUGUUUUCAUGCCUGCAGUCUUGGCCAAUGUAAAAUGCAUUCCAGACUUGGCAAACCACAGACACUGAGACAUAUUUGGCCAGAGUUGAAAUGACUCCUCAUCCUUCAUGAAACAGGGUCCCUCUGCUCUCAAUCCGUGUGUGUGUGUGUGUGUGUGUGGGAGAGCGAUGAUGAAAAGUUGCCUUUUUUUAAUGAAGGGACUCUGUCAGAAAAUCAACUGCCCCAUGUGGAGGGAUUUGGCUUUAAAGAAAACAAUUAUUUCACGAUUGUCAAAUGUUUAUCAAUUGUAGAAAACAUGUUCUCAACAUGGGAAGGACUUUUGGCUAAUUGGAUUGGACCUCUUAAUGUGAGCUGUGAAGAUUCAGGUGAAAAUACGAAAAGUCAGAUCUGAUAUUGACAGCGGGAAAAUCUACCAAAGAAAGAAAAAACAACACUUGCUUUAUAACAGGCAUUCCCAUUUUUGGAUCUUGGACUAAGAUGGUGUCAUACUAGAAUGGAUGCAUUUUAUUUUGUAAGAUAAUUGUUUGAGCAGAUUCAUGUGUUAACAUAAAUGAAAGCAUGCAGCUAUGCAAAAAAUACAAACAGUAAAAAUGAGUAAUAUUAAUUACAUUAAAAUAGUCAUAAAAAGUGUGAUAAACAUUCUUAAAGGUCAUUUGUUCAAUUUUUGAGUCAUUUACUCAUUUGUUCAUGCUUCUCUUGAACAGUUAGACCGCUUGAAAAAUGUUCUCUUUACUGGCUGAAUAUGAAAGCUUGGUUUUUUUGUCUUUCUUACAUUUGUCCUGUUCAACUGUUAUACUAGAAGUGCACAUUCAUGUUCCACAGAAAAGAAGUCCUAAUGCUUGUGGUGUCCCUGUCAGCCUUGGAGUUCCUCCAUCAGGCCGACCUCAAAAGAAAUUCUAUUAAAGAGGAAAUUAAUUCAGGGACCGAUUUGGUUAAAAUGUGUGCUUUUUGUACAGAGGCGACAGACUUGUUGCAGUGGGAAAAGGUUCAACCCCUGACCUUGACCCGUAGCUGCAUGUCUUCACCCACUGUGUAAAGGUUAACCUGAAAUUCUUAAGGAUCAAGCUCCACAAAGGAUAAACCUUUCCACUCUUGAUAUUCAUUAUACUCCCUCCUAGUUUCAAUAAAAGUCAUUUACAAUUUCAUACUCCAUACUCGUACUCCAAGGAGAUAAGUUGGUUUGAUAUAUGUGGUUACUCCAUGCUGCUGCACCACCUUGAUUUGCAAACACACUGGAUAAAAAUGACAGAAAUCUGAUGUUUGCAGUAUUUUUUCUAGUUGUCUCUCUGAGCCAAAUGUAAUGCAAUUUUAAAGGCAGGUUUUUGUUGAAAAAAAAUUGAUCCAAUAUCACCUGAAAGCUGCAAAAUCCCAACCCUUCAUUAUUUUCCCUUGCAACAGCUGCUCACCUUUUCACCAUCAAUCAUUUCUCCCCGUUCACCUCCCACCUGCAUUAGCAAAGGUCAGUGCAAUCUCAUCUCGUUAACCUCUCAUUUCUAGAGGCCAUCUUUUGUUUUCGUCCCCCCUGUACCCCCUCCCCCUCCACCUCCCCCUCCUUCUCCUCCAUCACUUCAGACCUCAUCUGUGGUCUAGUCCAGUGGGAUCAGGGUUAGUUCUGCCUCAUUACCUGGUGCAGGUGAUACCUUCCUAACUGACUGUGAUUACUGGUGGCAUCACAGGCAGGUUUCUCAAAGACACAAGAAAAGUUGAUAGAAAGGCAGCCAUUACUGGGUGGAGGUGGAUGUGUGGGGGGAUGUGUCAUGCGAAGUUGGCUUGCAUGUGCGGAGGCACACUGAUCACAGCAUAUUGCUUGUGUUUGCUGGGUGGAUGGUGAGGAGGAUGACAGCUGGGAUGAGACGAUAGAAGGUGGAGGGAGACAGGCUGCAUUCACAAUACAAGAAAGAGAUUUGACACACUGUACUUUGUUUGAUGUGUUUAUAUGAAAAGAAAUGAGUUCCAGUGAAAGUCUACUUUUUAUUGCAUGAAAUUGGAUUUGACUUGAUCACCACUGUGAAUGACUAAAUUAAAGAAUGACUUCUUGAUGGAAUUAAUGUGAAAACUGAAUUUGAAUAGCAACAUUGGAAAAUGAAUAAAAUUUCCUUCAACCAAAUGUGAUAAUCAUUGUAUUUUACUUUUAAAUUCACAGUGCAGUCCUCCUACUUCAGGUUUCUUCAUUUAGAAUCAGCUUCAAGACAAAAGUUUUCCAGUAUGUUAAAUGACAGGUGGCAGCAUCUUUAAUAUCUCUAUCAUGCUAACUCACAAAGCUGCUAAUUGCACCUGCAGAAACUUAUAAAAGGAGAACAACACAAGGAACUCAAAAAACCAACUAGGCACAGACUGAUUUUGAUUAGACUUUUGCUGUGAACACUUUUUUGUUGUGAAACAGUGGUCACAUGUCAUCAUUGGUAUGUGUGUUAUCUCAUGUACACCGAUGCGGAGUGGGAGGCGGGGCAAGCAGAGAGUGCAUUCAUUAAAAAAUACCCAUCAGGCCUUUCAUAGAAAACAACACUGGAAUAGGCCUUCAGCUUGUGGCUCUGUCAUAGAGUCUUGAUCCCUGAAACCCUAUUUCAGUGGAGAAGCUGACAUUCACUGUAGUAAACAAUGGAGCAGGACAAGAUAAUACUUUAUUGAUCCACAGAGGGAAAAUUGAAUUUGUGAAUUUGUGUGUGUUUGUGUUUGUCAGCUGGACUCUGAUGCUCUGACAUGCAGACAGCAGAGUAAGAAGUUGUAAUAACAUGAAAAUUCUGUCAGACUUUUAGCUACAUGACUAUUUUGGUACAAAUAUUGACCCACUAAGUGGCAGAUGGACCUCUGAAAUUUAUGCGCAGGUAAUGGGGGAUUUUUAAAUAAUGGUCUCUUUAAGAAUUUUUACAGUGAAAUCCAGUGGACUACAUUGAAAUAGUUUACUCAUGCUGUUUCUGUCCUCAGUACUUGCUCUGGUGAUUUUAGUGUUUUUGUUUUGUAUUUACUUGAAGGGCUAAAUUUUAAGUUAAAAAAAUUAAGACCAGUUUUCCCUAAAUAAUCAUUUAGCAUCUUAUUUACUUGAAACAAGAAUAAACAUUUCUAAAGAACACUAAUUUUUGUCUGCUACAAAAUCCCGGGGAUAAUGAGGAUUUUUUACUUUGUCUUUUGGAAACUCGAGCAACGACCAACUUUUUGCUUAAUGACAAUUUUUUUCCAACCCACCCAGUGUUGAGGAAUCGCAUCGUGCAGAAUGGCUGGAGUGUUUUUGAUGCAGUGUUGAUCUAGCCAAGCAGUUGAAUUCAGCCUUUAAUGUGUUUUUCUUGAACCAAUUCCUUCAUUGAUUUUCCCUAUCUGUCUGUCUGUCCUCUCCCCCUCUUCCUCCCCGUCUGUCUCUCUUGAAGGUAAGUAGCCACUCAGAGCCUUCAUCCCAAUCCCUGAGCCUACAGCAGCCCACUCAGCCACCGCCACCUCCCCCUCCUCCCCCACAGCCCCAAUAUGGUUUGCCAGUCCCGGAGUCAAGGGACAAGCAGCUCUGCUUCUCAGACUUUGAGGACCUCAGCGCUUCUUUCCGCAGUCUCUACAAAUGCGUCUUUGAGCAGUCGUUCUCACAGCAAGGUUGGUAUUGACCUUCAUGUUGUGCGAUGCUUAGUAACAGUGCAUGCGUGUGCCUGUACAACAACUUAAAUGACAAGUACACAGAAAAACCUUGUAAACCUCUAUGUCAAGCUUCAUGCAAGUAAUUAACUGCCAGACUUAAGCUCCUAAUGAAACCGAAAGAAUUUAACGCUUCUUUCAUAGCAGUAAAAGCAUUCCAGUAUUAACCUCCACCAAACACUACUCCUACUCUAUUGUGUUUUAAUAAACAAACAAUCUGUUGUUCCGCAUAUCUGCAUCCAACGGCUCGCUCAGUCAAAUGAGUAAAGGCAAUUAAGAGGAAGAAUUCAACGGAAGGAGAAAAAUACACACAAACACAUCUGCAGUCGAGCAGAGCAAAAGGCUCUUGCAGCUUUGAUAGCAGCUAAUUAGAUUGAUUCUAAAGUUUGUGUAGCAUCUUGCUAAUUGCUUCCUGAAGCUUUCAGGUCACCAGGCCUCCUCCCUCUUGGACCCUCUCUAUCCCACCACCCUCCUAUCACCUUCCCUAUAUGCACACACAUCUACGUACGCUCUGUAGCGGAGGAGAUUGAUGCGCUCUGUUGAGCUUUGCAACUGCUGCCUGGAUUCAUCCUCCGUUAAGGUCCUCUUCAUUUUAUGGUCAUGGCUGCACAAGCAGGGAAAAGAAAAGACAGUAACAAGUAGGGAGGGAAAAAGCUAUGACACUGAGACCUAGACUGCGAUGAAGAAGAGGAUGGAAAAAAGAUUUAGCCAAUUCUUUAAAGAGGCCCAUAAGUGUGCGACUAAGCGGGAAACCAUGUCAGCAGUCAUUGUAUUUCAGAGUUUGAGUCACAAUGCGUCACUCAGAGAGCAGUUCAUAGUCUCCUUUGAAAAACAAGAGUGAGUCCAAGGCUGCACACCACACUGACACUGACUCAGGUUAUUUUGCAAUCAUUUUCAGAAAGAUCUUAGUAGAAAAUGUUGAGACAAAACAAGCAAUUUAGAAAUAAAUCAGUCCUACAGUCAAUGUGUAACUGCAACACACAGUCAAGUGUCACACAGUAAUUCCUUAUUUCCUCACAGCACAUCACAUCAAAUGGCUUUAAAGGGAUAGAGUUUUCCAGGAAAAGUUUUCAAGAGGUACUCAUCAACUGUUGGUUUAUUACAGUAAAGGGAGGUGAAGAUUAGCCCUGUUUGGAGAGGUCUGGAGGAAAGGAGACACACUGCUUUGACUGUGGGCAGGGUUUGAUGCAAAACAUAUUCAGCAAACUUACUUCAGUUUAUGUGUUGGUAGUACUGCAACUACUCAUAAGCACAUAAUGAAGCUCUACUUAAAGAAAUCUUUAUAAUCCUUUCAAAUUUCAAUAAUAUGAAAUCGUGCUUUUCCACAUUUACAACAAAAAAAUGCAAGUUUGAGGCUUUUUUAAUCUUAAAAUCGCGAUAGGAUAUUAAAGCAGAAUCAGAGAGGAAAUAUAGAGCUGGAAGAAAAUGCAUCAAACCCCCUCAUCUAAAUAACAGUUUUCUCAAACUACACGUUAUAAAAGUAGAAAGAAAUCUCAAGUUAUUAUACCUGAAAAUAUGCAGAACCAUGGCUCAAAAGCAGCUAAGAGCACACAUCUGAGAAUAACCCUGUAGCUGAAGACAACAACCAGCAUUGCCCGGAAAUUUAACAAGGCAGCUGCCUACCUUACAGUUUUUUUGCAGCUGUCUGUAUCCAUGAUGAGAAGUAAAGGAGAUGAAACACACUGUGGGGUUAAAUCUGUGCCUUAGAAAAAUUGCCAGAGACCAGAAUCUCUUCCUCUGUCAGUGAGAAGAAACAGCACACCUUGAUAAGGAAGACCAGGUGUUUGUGUGAGUGUCAAAGAGAGACAUUUUUGUAACCAGAGACGGAAAAACCACCGGACUGAAAUCAGUGGUUCUUUUUUGAAGUCAGGAGUGUAAAUAAAACUUUUUGACUAUCUUCUUUGACAAAAUGGGUUUUUUUUGUCCUUUUUUGUGUUAUCCUUUGUAAUGUUAAUUUUAUGCUUUUAUGUCAUUUUUAAACCCUACUUUUCUUCAUUACUAAAUAUUGACCUGUCUUGUCAUGAAGGGUUUAAUCUUCUCAAAUGUUUGCCAUAUUUUUAGUUUGCCAUGUGCAGUUUUCAGAGGGUUUCAUUUUUUUUUUCAUGUCCGUGUUUGUAAUGAUUUGUGCUUUGUUUAUUUUUUAGGUUUGAUGGGUAUACCCAGUGAGUCCACCCAGCAGGCCCGGACUGCCUGCUCCUAUCAGCACUCUCCAGGUGCGGGAAGUGGCAGCAGCCACCAUCACCAACACAACCACGGUCAGGUGUCGCACCACCCCCACCACCCUCAGCAGCACCUUUCCCCCCACUCCAACCACAGCCAGCACCAACAGCACCAACAGCACCCUGCUCAUUCUCAGCAGCACCCAUCCCUCUCCCACCAGAGUCAUACUGGGCAGACCUGCCCCACAACAGGUGAGUUAAAUGCUCAAUGUUCAAGAGUAUGCAUGCGGGGUGUUAAAAACUGUGUGUGGGCAGAGACGUACUAAUUUCACACUGUAAAAGGUCAAAUACUAUAAAGGACAGCACAGAGAAGACCAUCAAACCCUAAACCAGCAGAGUAAUUUAAUGGAUGUUAACUGAUUUAACAAAUUCAUCCUUUAUGUGAUAUGGUAUACCUCAGAGUAUUUAAAACCUUCUAGUCUACAACAUGGCCAUUAAUGUGAGAUACUGUACUUUGAAAUCAACCUCCUUAUGACAAAAAGUAUUGAUAGAAAUUUGAAAGAUGACAGAAAUGAAUUUUAACUAAGUUGUUCACAAACUUGUAAAAUUGUUCUUUGAUUAAAAAUGUUUUAUGGUCUCUUUCACGUUUUCUUUUUGUGUGAUACAAACUUAAACAUAAAGCUACAACUGUGAAAUAUUUACUAGUUACGUAGACUUCAACUUUUAUCUUCCUUCAAGGGUGGCAGCAAAGGUACAUAUCCUUAUACUAAGGGUAAGAGUAACCUUGUGUCAUUCUGCAAGAGUGUGAAAGCAGUAUUCAGAAACAGAGAGUGAACUGGAAUUGAGCUGAGAGAUGUAUACGCAGGGUUUUUUUCACAGAGUACACCCGACACUGACACCUGAAGGUACACAAAAAAGCCUCUAUACUUGUACACUCAGUCCACCCAGGGAGUGUUAGUUUAUUUUUGCAACAUUUCCUGCAAAUAUACUUUCAUUCUGUAUCAAAGAAGAAUAUAAAAGAGGUGGAGGACUCUUACCCGAGAAACCAGGACGCCGAUCCUAACAGUCACUUUACUCUGCUGUACACCUUUUCACCAGCUCCUGUGACAAUGUGUGGCACAGUUUCCUCUUUCAUGUAUGAAAUAUACAGAUGCUGUAGAGAACCUAACAAGGAUUACAUUUCUCCUGACUUUCAAAGCCACACUGGUGUAAAUGUAAUUUACCUUAAUACACCAGAACAGGCUUGUCUCUGCACAGCCACGCUGCAUUUAUAUGAUACUCGUUCCUCUGUUUGCUCCCCGAGUAUUUGAUAUUAUGAGGCAGAGCCGAUACAGACAGGGAUCUCCUAAGCUUCACUGAGGCUUUUCCUGCUCAUAUUCCCACUCUUUGUUUUUUCCCUUUUUCCUUUGUGUCUCUGCAACACAGCUCUCAGGCCAAAAGAGGGACUAUUCAGACAUUAUUUAUCUAGGUUAGUAUUCCCCUCAACCAAGCAGAGGAUGAAUGAAAGCAAUCCCUCUGUCUUUGAUCCCAGGCCGCACAAUGUAUUGUUGUAUAGUUUGUGGUGGUGAAGGCGCUGAAAAGCAUCUCCUUUUUUCUCUCUAAAGCACAGCCUUAGCUGCAGUGCUGCUGUGUCACACCAUCUUGUGGUGACUGGGGAGACAGAUUUCACCUGUGCAUAUGAAUCACCGUUUUCAAAUUACCCACAGUCAAGCUUAUCAUACUCAUUUUAUAAAUUACUAAUGUUUUUGUCUUUUAAAUAGUUUCCAAUUAAAAAUCUUAAAAUUAAAUUAUUAAAAAAUCUUGAAUUAUCUAUAAAGUCAUUAAUUAAGGGACAAUGUGCUUUAUCACUGGGUUUCUCAAGUGACGUUUCCUCUGUUUUGAUAUCAGUUUAAGGAGAAACAUCUCUCAGACACAUUCAAGAAGUCACCUUGACCUGCUGGAUAAUGUCUUAUGAAAAUGAAACCUUGUUGAUGAUGUUAGCAUUUUUUUUAUUUCACAUUUGGUAACACUUGUAAUGUGUGCACAUGUGUGCUAUUUCUUCAAGGCAUGUCAUCAGACUGGUACCCAAACUUGGACUGGCUGAAGGAGAGCUGCCGCAUUGCUACCAGCUACAACUGGGCUGACGUGGACCUCUCCCCAUUUCAAGGUAACACACAUACUGCACACAAACACACACACCGCUGCAAUUGUUGUGAAAAGCCUCUGAAAUAAACAUUGAUAAAGCUGUCUAUGGCAGCCUGAUUGGACACACUGAGCACUGCUAAAAUGCUCAUGAUGCAGAUCAGUUACUUUGAUUGAACCAUCAUGAUUCCUCACUGCUCUUUCAUAUAAAUCCGCCCGUGAGGCACAAUAUUAUAAUACGCUGUGAGGUAAUAGGACUGGUCUAAUAAAAGUCAUUAUCCUGCAUCUCAGAGGUUGCCACUCUCUAUUUUCCUCUCUCUCUUUCUUUCUCUUUCUCUCCUUCUGUCUCAUACACACACUCUCUCCUUCCCAAUUGUAUGAUGUGAAUAAUCCAAUUAGGCCCUGGCUUGGUAACAGCCUCUUAUCACGGUCAGCGCACAAAGCCGGCACAUCCACACACGAUGGAUGACGAGGACUGGUCUGUGCUGCCUCUCUCUCUCUCUCUCUCUCUCUCUCUUUCUUCAUUCACUCUCUUCCCACAGCGCUUGACCCCUCACGCAGCCGUAAUGCCAUCCUCCACCGUCUCUGGCUCACCUCCAAAGAGCAAGGACCAAGCCUCUUGUCUCUGUCACUAACCAAACACAAGACAAAUGAAUUUCAGUUUAAAGAUAAAUCAGACAGCAGUGCCUUGAAUAAAGGCCUAAUUGUAACUGUUGGAAUAGGAAAACGGAUAUCAGGUGUGCUAUGUGUUAUUUACCACAACAUCUUCACAUUAUAGUCCCAUUAAAGUCAGAUCUGACAUAAAUAUAGAUAUUUGUCUCAGAUCUCACUUGACAUGACAGUCAUUUAGAAUAAAUAAAAUCAAUUUGCCUUUGUCUGAUUGUUAUAUAUCAAUCUAUAAUAAUGUAAAGAAAGUGUAAUUCUUGAAUAUUUAUUUAAAAUGGGACUGUAGUUAUGACUCAUUUAGAUAAAGAAGCACUGUUGUUUAACUAAGUUGUAAAGUAAUUGAUUAUAUUUACUCAUAUUACUGUUAUUGAGAAACAUUUGUCUUUUAUACCUUUUUGAGUAGAUUUUAAUACCUGUACUUUGAUAUUUCCACAUUUUGCAUAAAAAACUGACAGAACUAUACAAGCUCUACUUUAACUGCUACCAUAAAAAUGGUGUCUUACUGCAAGAAACUUCAAUCUUACUGAAACUAUGAAAAUUUCUAAAAUUUGAUUGCAGAUUUCUUUAACGGAUUUGUCUCAUGUCUAUAGAGAAUAUCUCAUUACUCUCAAAAUAAUUGACCUUGACCUUGACAAGUCCAAAAAUAACACUUGUUUCUACAGAUUUUCAAGACUUAAUUUUCAUGUUUCGAGAAACCUCAACAUUUUUUCUCGUGACAUCGGCAGCCAUCUUUUUCAGUAUAAAAUAUGAAGUCCUUAUUUCUUGCACAGAAUAACAAGAAUCCCUUCACAGCCAGACAUGACACGAGUGUGCAGGAACUAUAUGGCAACAACUUUACCUCUGAUUGGUACAGAUUUAAAAUCACCUUAUAAGCGAAAAUUGAACUAUGAACUAUAAAACUAUAAAACUGCAUCCUGUAGACAAAACAUCAGCCAUGUUUGUCAAAUGUUAUUCACAAAUAUCUCCUCCUCCUUCCAUUAGGUCUGAAGGAGAGCAUGCGGCAGGCUGAGCUGAACAACUGGUCACUGGACGCCGCCCAGAUGGCUGACCUGUGUUCCUCCAUAAACCAGUUUUUCACAGCCACAGGCGUCAUCCCCCCUCAGGGCGCCGCUCACCCCCAACCUCAGGUCCAACACCCGACACUUCCAGGUGCACAGCAGCACCCGGCUCAGCCGCACGGGGCCAUGCACCCAAAGGCCAGCCAGCACAAUCAGCACGGGCAACACAACCAACAUAAUCACCACAUCAGCACGGGUGAGUACAUACAGCAGUGUUUCAAUGUGUACUCACCUUACACUCCAGCAAAACACCAGGAGAACUAAGAGUAUGAAUCUCAUUUGAAAUAGAACAAAGUAUCAAAAGUAAAAAUAAUGAUGUUGGGAAAUGUUUUAUUUUGUAUUCUUUACUUUAGAUAGCUUGUUUUUAGUUUAAACAUACAGACAUACAAAGUGAAGUUUAUUAAGCUGUGUCACUUCAGACCAAACAGGCAGUUAGAUGUAAGAGAUUGAAAAAAAUACAAAAUAAAAUUUAGUUUAGAAAAAUAAAACACAAAAGAAUAGUAAUUAGGAUCAAAGAUACUCUUCACCUUCAACAAAUAGUAUCCAUCUCUUUGAGUCAACAUUUGCGUGUUGCUGCUGUGUGCAUGUGGGCUGUCGAAUCACAGUCUGGCUUCAUGCUGUGCCAUUGUUUGCCAACUAUAGCUUUACAAGAGAUUUCUGGAUGUUGUCAGCUCCAUGGCAAAUGGAGUAAAGAUAUGAAGAAACUGAAAUAUUUCCCCAGUGUGAUAUCCACUAACUGACAACACAUUCAAAAGGAUUUCUCAAGCUUAGCAUAAGACAGAGGUAAAGCCAUGCACAUGGUAGAAGCUCAAAAACUCAUACGCAUGUGUGAAAGUCAGAAUACUAAUCUGACGGUUAGUCAUGGCCCUUUUGUCUGUUCCCCCACAGGAAACAUGUACAUGGACUCGAGACAGAGCAUUUCCUCUCUGAUGGGCCCUCCAGGAUACCCCCACAUGCCUCCCAUGAGUAACACGGCACCCAGCAUGACAGGUGACUCCUCCUCUCAUCUAUUAACAGGUCACAAAAAGAGGAGGCUGAAAGCGCUAUGUGUGUGUGUGUUUGCAGUUUUAGAUCUAUGUGUUAAAGAGGGGCACAUUUGCUUGUAGGUGACACUGUACUUGAUUGUAAUGAUACGGUACAAGUAAAGGCAUGAUACAUCAAAGAGAGUUUUUGAAGAGUGUUUUUGAAUCAGAUAUUAGCAGUUUUAGUCUGGUUGGCUUAUUUUAUAAAUUACAGUCAUUUAUUAUAUACACAUACAUGUACACAGAUAUAGGUUUUAAUGUGUUUAUAUAUGUAUAUGUGUGCAUGUGAUGGUAAAUUUAUGUCACUGUUUUGACAACUUAGAUAGCAAAGAGAAUGAACAAUGAAGGGAUACUCCACAGUGCACCUCUAGUUUAGAGGUUGCUAAAAAGCACAAGUUGAAAAAUCAUGGCCAAAGUUGAUGCUACAGAAGCCCAGAUACAAAAAAAAUUAGAUCACUCUAUGACUUAUCAUAUUGUACAUGUAAUUUUCUCAGACUUGACAAAGUUCCUCCAGAUUCAGAAUCAGAUACCCUUUAAAACACUUUGCUGUUUUUGUUUAACAGAAAAAAUACACCUCCUACUGGUUAGAGUUACAUUUGAAGAAGUGUAUAUCCAAACUAUGUUUUGAUGCCAAAGUUUUGUCCUCCUACAUUCAAAGUAUUUUUAUUCUUUGUUGCAAGAGGAAACUGUUCAGCACUGUUUCAGGUCUGUACAGAGUCCUUUGAUAGGACAGCUCAGCUGCUUCUGAGGAUGAUGAUGAUGAUGCCUUUAUCCUACAUCAUGUACCAAAUAUAAUCACAUAUAGCCUGAAGUUGAAUUUAACAAUAUCUAAGUUUCAUGAGGAUUUUAAAGUUUUAAUUGUAUUGUUUUUUUAAAGAGAGAUGUCUGAGUCAUUUUGUCAGACCUCCUGUAAACUUUUAGAAAACAUUUCAACAUCAUGUCUGCAAAUAAGAUGCUUUAUUUAAGUAAAUGAGACACCAAGGGGGUAAUUAGCACUUGUUUCAACCAAUCUGGGUGUAUGAGAUUUCAAGGCAAAAUGAAUUGGCCUAUAUUAUACUGUCCUACUUACUACCUGGCUGUUAAUCAAAUGAAUGAAUGAAAUGACAGAAAAUAGCUAUUUAAAACUGAUUUUAUCAUGAUUUUAAAACGAUAUAUUUAUGUGGCUCUACUUUGACAGUCAGUAGUGCUAUCAUGACAACACUACAUUUUCAUAAGCCUACCUAUGGGGGGUAAUAACACACGGCUGAAUAUUCCCAUUCACCAUCAAGUUUAGACAGCAGUCAACACUAUUUCUAACACAAGUUUCUGCACUUCAAAUUCAUAUUAUACUGUUUAUAAAUUUGUCCUCUUAGCUGUUAACCGAUUUUUGAAAGUUACCAAUAAUGUUUUUUGCCACAGUGUUAUUAAGCAGGGAUAAAAUUAGCCUGACUACUUUCUACAGAUUGAGUUGAUUUAACUUGUAAGAUCAGGUUUUUGUUGGCAACAACCAUCUGUAAGGAAAUAGCAAACACUGCUUACAGGGUGUAGAUCAUCUAGAGUUAUAUUUCUAGGACUGCAGGGGUAAGAGCCACAGUAUGAUGAUUUAAGUUCAUCCAAAUAUAACUCUGAAUUCACAACUUGUCUCCUAAACUAUGUCUUGAGAUAAAAAGAGUAAAAAGAAAUAACCGACAAGGGUGAGAGAAAGAGAGAGCUGUGCCAGAUGAGGGAUCAUAAAAUGCACCAUGUAAUUUUGAACUUCUCUGUAUCAAAUGUUUUUAAACUGGAUUACAUCCCAUGUCAUUCACAUAGUUUUUAAGUUCCAAUUACUGCGGUUUUUGGGCUUUUGACAUCCAGAAGCAUCCAAACGUCACCACAGCUGGGUAAUAAAAGUUUUUACAACUUUUUUGUGUUUUACAGAUAACAGCUGGUGAUCCUGACAAGACAGUUUUUCUCUUGAGUUUCUUUUUUUACUCUUUCUAUUAAAAAAUGAACUUGCCUUAAAUAGCACCUCACUCAGUGGUAUAGUAAAUGUAUGUAUGUGUAUGUAUGUAUACAGCGUCUCAUGUCUUACUGCUGCUUCUCCUCUCUUGUUCAGGCCACCUUAGCCAGCUGAGCCAGCAGCAGCAACAACACAGGUUGCCUCUGGGACACUUCCAAGUGAGACGCAUGCUCACUGCAGACGACAUCCAGGACGAUUUUGACUGGGACUCUAUCGUCUAAACAGAGCUGCUGUACAAACAGAGAGACUGCAAAAAGACAUGUGGGUUCAGGUGAGCGAUGGAACUGGCCUACCUGCUCCCUUCACCUGUGUGAAAAAGACAGAAGACAAUCCAACAGAAAACAAACGCAAAAGUCAUUUUUCUGAUCUUGCUGGCCUUUUUUUCUGCUACAAGUGGACAAAGAGUCUAAAGACAAUCAUUAAAUAUUUAAGACUUCUUGGAAUUGGACCAAGCCAAACUGUAAACACCCGUCACCAAACAUAAAAGGACACCUGAAGCUUUUUAAAUUGUCUGUUUUGCCCCCUCCUCUCCGGUGUUAGGAGGGUUACAUGUCACCAAAGUGUUGUCGAAUUGUCUGUAAAUUAUUUUAAUAUUAUUGUUUUUAUUAUCGUUAAAAUGUUUAUGCUUUCAACCAUAACUUAAGUAACAGAUCCGGGAAAUUUCAGCCCCACUGCCUGAAAUGAAGAGGAACCAUAUCCUCUUCAAACACCCUUUCACUCGUCUUUGGCCCACGUUCAGCAGGUCUGACCAUUUCAUCUUUUCUUUUUCAUUGUUUUCUUUCGUACUGGGCAUCUUUGUGGCUUUCGCAAUCACUGUCAUGGAGAAGAUAUACAGUAUAUAGGAGAAAAUAAGGAUGGUGUAUAAUGAAUCAGACAUGUUGAGCACCACCUGCUGGUUAAAAAGGGCAUCAUGAAGCUCCCCUCGCCUAAAAAAGCUCUAUGCACCACAGUGUGUCUGAGUAAUCUUCAUGUUCUGUCUCAUCAGGCACCUGUUUGAAUAUUAUUCUGCUCAGUUUGUUGUUUUUAUUUUGCGUGUGGAACAACACAUUAUUCCAUGGUCUCAGGGUGUUAUAUUUAUAUACCAUGUCAGACCAACUCAAAGCCAUUUCCAUUAGUGUAUGUGACUUUACUGUCAGUGUCAUGCCCUCAUGGCAAAGCUUCCUGAGACUAAGGUCAAAAGGUUUGAAAUCCUCAUAUAGCAACUAAUAAGCUAUCUGAUAUCAAAUACUGUGGCGUAAGCUUUUUCAGUCGCUCAAACAACAGACGCAAAUUCAAUGAAAAUAAGACUGGCUUGAUUUUGACAUAAUCAACAGUAAUGAGGAGUUUUCUGAAAUAUGAUCGACUUUUUUAAAGUUUUAUAACUUUCAGAAGUGCAGAUUCAUUAUGAUUAGACAGCAAAGGUUCAGAGGUUUCCAGAAGCCUCUUUAAAUGGAUGAAGAGCAGCUUUUGCACAACACCAAACUUGAUAGCAUCUUGUGAUUUAGAGAGAGACAAGAAAUCUGUGAACAUUUUAUUUCUUUGUUUAGACUUUAAAAAAAUAACAGUUCAGCAGAGACUAAAAUGAAAUGCUCAAUUUGAUUUUUUUUAUUUACAGUGAUGUUUCAUUUCGUCCUUGUACAAGUAUGUAUAGUCCUCUCUGAUUUCCUUUAACAUACACUUCCCUAAAGCUAAAAAAAAAAAUACACAAAAGAAAGAGGUCAUUUGUUUGUAUAAAAUGAAAAUGGGACCUCAGCAAUGGUUGGGAUUGUGAAAACAAGGUCUCAUUAUUGAAAAAGAGGAGAAAGAAAAGAAAAAUACUCAUCUAUUAUUGCCAUUAAAUGCUGUAUUACAGUGACCAGCAUAUAUAUCUUGUAUGUUUGUGUGUUGUUGUCCUUGUAAAUAGCAGUAUGGUACUCCUACAUUUUCCCCUGAAAAACAGACAUCAGAUGAAAAGAAAACAUCAGAUUGGAAAAGAGUAUUUUGUUAUUUGUCCUUCCGCAGUCACAGUAUGUACAUACCUUAACUUUGUUGUAAAUAAGCGAUAAAAAAGAUGCCAUUGGCGUUUUGUGUGUCAAAGAAUAAUCUGUGUAUGGCGGUUCAGCAGUUGAAAUCUGUUUCAGUGUUUAUUAAAAUGUUAUUGAGCAUUUUUACUGCACUAACAUUGAAUCUGCCCGAGUUAUUUCAUCAGCAAGUUCAGAAUUUUACAAAAAAAGCUACUCUGCUGCUGACCUUUCAAUCUUCUCCAGCUUUUAGGAAUCUGUUAUGAUUCAAACUUUGUGAUUUUUAGGCAUUAAACAACUGGAAGAAAACAAGUUUUUUGGACAUUUAGAUUUCUUUCCCUCCCUGGCUGUGUGCUGUAACCACCAUUAGCUUGUUGUCCAACAGGUGUCAGCCUAGCACCAAGUGACACUUUGUUUGCCCUCCAUCGCAUAUAAACUCAGCAGACCACCCAUGCUCUCUGCGUGAAAGUAACACAAUGUUCUAACUGUAUUUACGGCUCCUUUUCAAUCGGAAAAUGUGCUGAAAAGCUGCUCACUUAUGCUACUGUCUGUCAGCCACAGAUGUACACCGUAGUUUUUCUUUGCAAGAACAAGAUAGAUGGUUUAAUAGGUCAAUAUGGGAGCUUGUGUUCUCCUCACUGAUUGUAUAAACACUGUCAAACAUUAUGAUGGGUAACUUCUAGUGGAGCUGUGCUGUACUGCAGACACUUUCUUGGCUUUAGACUCUGUGGUCAGGGAUUAUUGAAAACAGCUCCAAACUCUGUUUACAUUAGGCUCCAUUCAUCGAGACAGAGCCUGUUGCUUCACCAACUUUUCUGACUGUAUAAACCUGAUGGUUUCAUUUCGUAGUGCCUUGCUUGUCUUGAUAAACACGCCAACAGUCCACUUAUCAGCAUUUCCAAGUGUGGGUUUGCGCGUGUUUGUGUGUGUGUGUGUGUUGUAGAUAUUGCAGGGUUUGCAAACAGAGGGGCUGGCCCUGCAUCGGGAGGAGAGCGCAUCCGACACGGGGCUGGACAACGAGGGGCUGAAAUCACCUAACUGCCCCAAUCAAGACACCCUCCUCCCAACCCAA